GCUGACAUGGAGAGGAAGGAAAAUAAAAGUCUGUUAUUUCCAGGAGGAUCUGAGCAGAGUGCUGACUACGGUUCCCCAUGUGACACUGACAAUGCAGUGGCCAGCAGAGCGAGGUUAAUACUGCUCUCUGGGCACGAUUUACUACUAGUCUACUACUACUCUCACUGUGCUGUGUGUCUGUCUGUCUGCUAGUUACUACUAGUUUUACUUCUUUUUUUAUCCAGUGACUUUCUUUGUGAUUUUGUGUGACUGUAGUUACAAUCCACAUAGGCCUAGGUCUAGUAUUCUCAACACAAGUACAGAAAAUAUGGAAACCUCUGUUUGCCGUCUCGUUAUGACACAUGGCCAAUGUUCCACUUUCUAAGGGAAUCUUCUGCUACGAGUCAAAUUUAGUGUAUAUAAAUAUGGAGGUUUUUGAGGGUAAAUCAGGAUUGAGAUUUAAAUAUAUUAUGUCUGAAAAAACGGUUCCCUCAGGUUUCAUUGUUUUGUCAUGAUGAUCAAUAAAUUCUCUUGGUAUGCUGAGAUGACCGGCUCAAAGGCUGCGUUUUUAUUUUUGCAAUGUUGUUGACCACUUGCAUGCAGUUUCCAUCCCAUGUUGCUGUAUUGGCACUAUUUCCCCCAUUGCCUGUAAGUAGACUAUGCCUCAGUCUCCACUGAGUGUCAGUGAAUAUUUGCACACAUAAGCUGUCAACGAAGAGAUGGAGAGAGAUGAAUGUAAACUGUAUGUGAAAGUUGAGGGCAUCCACAGUGACUCUGAUUCUAAUAGUUGCUGUGAUGGCUUUAGAAAAGGAAUCAGUCAGAAAGAGUAUCACAUCUAUCGGUUGUGUCGAUUCCACUCUAAUUUGCUGUUCAACACUGUUUAUUCCAUGUUUAGCACAACAGAGUUUGCCAGCGAUGCGACAGGACUCUCCCAGCCAGCACAGGGAGUGUCAACAAGGAUUUCCAUGCGAGGUGUAGAAUGUGAUCCGCCAGUGUGAAGUGUGUGUGUGGCAGGUUCUUUUGGACAGUGUGUGACAUAAGGUGCAGUAAUGGAAGUCUUUAAGAGCAGGGUGGAUCCUGUCUGACUUCUCAAUAGAACUAAGCUUCUGCUUAUCCAGAUGCCUGUACUCCACUCCCAACUCACAUGACUACUUCAGAUAGCAGUAGGAGGGGAAUCCAUCCCUCUCAUUGACCUGUGCUCUUCACGCGUAAUUGAAUUAGCAAACCGUAGGCCUAAUUCUAUGCUUGCUGCCAUUCGCUCAAAUGAAAGUUGCCUGGUGUCCAAUUCCACUGCUCUGACCUCUAUGUACUCAAUGAAGCGAUACUAAAGCGAGACUAAAAAUCCCAUUUCAUCAUCCCUUUGUGUCUGUCUUACCCUGACCUUGUUCUCUUGUGUUGCAGGUCUUGCCAGAAGAUGAAUGUCGUCAAAGACAACAAAGACCUGGCCUGUUUCUACACCACCAAACACUCCUGGAGGGGAAAGUAAGAGACACCUCAUAUUCUAACAUUCCUUUCCCUGAAAGACCUCGCAUUGAUACUGAUAGGAUUUCAUUGGUUGAAUGAAUGUUUUCUCUGUUCUUGGGGCUGGUUUGCUAGGCCGAGUUGGGUAAUUGCUCCUUACUACUUCACUAGUCAAGUACCAUAACUUCUAUAUGCAUUGCUGCUUUGUGAAAGAUAGCUUCGUUUUCUUGAUGUUCAGGUCAACUAGGUAAUGUCAGAUCCGGUACAUUCCCUUCUAUUCUUUAUCAUUCUCUACCAUCCCACACAGAUCCUAGUUGUAGGCCUAGCAAUCAGACAGCAGAACAGACACACUGAUGUCAACAAGCCAAGGGAAAGGGCUGAAAUCCCUGACUCAGUGCUUCCAUUGUGUGUGUGUUUCCUUAUCUUCAAUGGGGGACAAGGUGUACAUAAAUCACUAGUGUCAGAUUCUCGCUAACCUGAAUACAUGUCUCUGAAAUCCCAAUACCUAGAUACCGCAGGUUAGACUGCGCUCGUGAUCUAUGACAUAAGGUCCAUAAAUACAGCUCAAUGGUAACAACCAUGAGGUCAUGAAUCAAUGGGAUCUAGGUCUAUAUACUAUGGAAAGGGAAAAUGUUACUAAACAAACUGGUCCCAUCCCUUUUCUCUGGUUGGCCUCAACAGUGGUGAGACAUUGAGCAGUAGACAACGGGACCACAAUACCUAUACCUGCUUCCUAAAUAGCUUUGUCCCAUAAAGGCAGCCAUUGACUGGUAACUUUAGCAGUAGUGCUAGAGAGCAGAUUAUCCACGGGAAGGGGAGGGUUGAGGGCUUCAUAAUAUAUCAUCUUCUACUCUUCCUGCUCAUGCUCCGGGAUGUGUCCUCUUGGGACCUGUGGUGUGUGUGUGGACACUGAACUGGACAGUCAGUGAGUGAGGCCAGGGCAUUGACUGGGAGGUCGAGAGAGAAGGGUUUGGUGUAUUACGUAAUGUUGUUACUCCUCUUCGCUCCCUGUGGAGCAUAAGGCCGAAGCAAGGUCCUUUCGCGGCUUUCUCAGCUUCACCCCAAGACAGUUUUGUUUGUAUAGCCUACAGUAGACUAUUUGCUGUGGCUUUAUGGAACUCAAUGGCAAUGCAGGCGACUGUACGCAGGCACUUUACUGGAGUGCAAAGCCGAGCUUCUCUACUGUGAACACAGAACAUCUGCCAGGGGGCCAACCUUAAUUACAAUCAACCUUGAUUAGCCUGCACUCUUGUUAAAGUCCCAGCGUGAGCAGCACUUUUGUCCUUUUAAUUAGAACCUCCUUAGUCCUGAAAUACAGUAGAGAGCAGGUCCAGUUUGAAGAAGCUAGCUACAAGCCUUGGUAGAAAAGGUUCUCCACCGAUUGCACGGUUUCAAAGGGCUUUUUCUGAUGUGUGUGUAGUAGUAUUUUCCUCUCCCACGGCUGUGUCCCUUGUGUAGUCUUAGUCCUUUUAAAUCCUGUGGCUCCUGGCAUCUUAAGGCUGUAUUAGAUUUGGCCCGGCGUGGCAAACAGGCUGCUCAAUGUUGUGGCCACACAAAGGACCUCUCUCAGAGCCAUCGCUGCCUGGAUCGUGGACCGUCAAGAAUCUCCGCUCCCCUGCUGCCAUGACGAAUCUGCUCUGAGCCGAGUGUGAAGGAUUCACUCUACACACACAGACCACAUAGGUUAUGUUUAGGCUACAGUUUACACAUACUCCUUACACACAACACACGGCUGCCAAAACCAGUUUACCAGGAAACUGGUUUUGGCAGCCAUGUGUUUUGUGUAAGGAGUGUGUGUUUGGCCAGUGGUGAUUCUGAAGGCCUCAGGUCCUGGUUUUGCUUUAUUGGAUUGUUAAUACCCUUAAGGUCAAGCCAAGGUUAUGAGGACAAGUGCUUUCCAAGAUAAGUGUUGAAGUUGUUCUAGGCGCAUACUUUCCUAAUGGGAUCUUAAUGAGGAUCUAUAACAGUGUGGUAGCUAGCUAGCUAAUGCCUAACCAGUAGUCUACCACUUAGUUUAGCGUCACCUAGCUUCAUUUAGCUUAGCUUAACCGCCAGUGAAGGAGUGAAAGCUCCAUUACUCAGUAAUCUGAUUGACGGACUGCUUCUUUUGUCUUCUUCUGAUUCAAUCAAGGCUCAGACUACAUAUCUCAUCCUGUAUGAUGAAGUGGAAUGGAGGCUGCUGUCCAAAGGGAGGCUUUUGUUAAAAUGUCAACUUACAGUGCCUUCAGAAAGUAUUCAUACCCCCUAUUCCAAAAAAAUUUGUGUUACAGCCUGAAUUCAAAAUGGAUUAAAUUUAUUGUUUUUAUCCAAUAUCUCAUUAAAAUAAGUAUUCACACCCCUGAGUCAAUACUUUGUAGAAGCACCUUUGGCAGCGAUUACAGCUGUGAGUCUUUCUGGGUAAGUCUCUAAGAGCUUUCCACACCUGGAUUGUGCAACAUUUGCCCAAUAUUAUUUUAAAAAUUCUUCAAGCUCUGUCAAAUUGGUUGUUGAUCAUUGCUAGACAACCAUUUUCAGGUAGAUCUAAGUCAAAAUUGUAACUCAGCCUCUCAGGAACAUUCACUGUCUUCUUGGUAAGCAACUCCAGUGUAGAUUUGGCCUUGUGUUUAAGGUUAUUAUCCUGAUGAAAGGGGAAUUCAUCUCCCAGUGUCUGGUGAAAAGCAAACUGAUCCAGGUUUUCCUAUAGGAUUUUGCCUGUGCUUAGCUCCAUUCUGUUUCUUUUUUAUCCUGAAAAACCUCCCCAGUCCUUAAUGAUUACAAGUAUACCCAUAACAUGAUGCAGCCACCACUAUGCUUGAAAAUAUGGAGAGAGGUACUCAGUAGUGUGUUGUAUUGGAUUUGUCCCAAACAUAACACUUUGUAUUCAGGACAAAAAGUGAAUUAUAGUGCCUUGUUGCAAACAGGAUGUAUGUUUUGGAAUAAUCGUAUUAUGUACAGGUGUCCUUCUUUUUACUUUGUCAAUUAGUAUUGUGGAUUAUUUACAAUGUUGUUAAUCCAUCCUCCGUUUUCUCCUAUCACAGCCAUUAAACUAUGUAACUGUUUUAAAGUCACCAUUGGCCUCAUGGUGAAAUCCCUGAGCGGUUUCCUUCCUCUCUGGCAACUGAGUUAGGAAGGAUGACUGUAUCUUUGUAGUGACUGCAUGUAUUGAUAUUUGAAACACUUCCCAAAGUGUAAUUAAUAACUUCACCAUGCUCAAAGGGAUAUUAGUGUCUGCUUUAUUUUUUCAUACCUAUCUACCAAUAGGUUUCUUUAAAAAAAAGAAUGUUAAACACUUAGUGCACACAGGGUGAGCAUGCAACUUAUUAUGUGACUUGUUAAGCACAUUUUUACUCCUGAACGUAUUUAUGCUUGCCAUAACAAACAUUUCAGUUUUAAUUAAUUUGUAAGAAUUUUGAAAACCCCUUUUCUACUUUUUCCACUUUGUCAGUGACCAAAAUAUGUCAAUUUAAGACAUUUUAAGUUCAGGCUGUAAAACAACAAAAUGUGGAAAAAGUCAAGGGGUGUGAAUACUUUCUGAAGGCACUGUACCUGUAGUCUAAUGGCGUUUUCUCACAGUUUUGAGCUAUACUUUGAAUCAGGGUUUGAUUAUUUGUUACAUUGUAUUUUUGGGGGGGGUUCCGGUUGAUUUCACAUUGCCAAUGCAGUGGUGUAAAGUACUUAAGUAAAAAUACUAAAAGUACUACUUAAGUAGUUUUUGGGGGUAUCUGUACAUUACUUUACUAUUUAUAUAUUUUUUUUACUUGCACUUUUACUUCACUACAUUCCUAAAGAAAAUAAUGUACUUUUUACUCUAUACAUUUCCCUUGACUCCCAAAAGUACCCAUUACGUUUCGAAUGCUUAGUAGGACAGGAAAAUUGUCCAAUUCACACACUUAUCAAGAGAACAUCCCUGGUCAUCCCUACUGCCUCUGAUCUGGCGUACUCACUAAACACAUGCUUAGUUUGUAAAUUAUGUCUGAGUGUUGGAGUGUGCCCCUGCUGUCUGAUUUGCUUAAUAUAAGGAAUUUGAUACUUUUACUUUUGAUACUUAGUAUAUUUAAAACCAAAUACUUUAAGACUUUUACUCAAGUAAUAUUUUAUUGGGUAACUUUCACUUCUAUUAAGGUAUCUUUACUUUUACUCAAGUAUAACAAUUGGGUACUUUUUCCACCACUGGCCAAAUACCAAAUGGAAAAAAAUUCCUCAACAAACCACGUGUCCAUGCAAGUCAGUUGUUUAUUGGACAAAAAUGCUCAUCUAUUAUUAUCAAUCCAUGUAUGAUUUAUCAUGAAGCUUCACUUGUGUGUCCCAAUCUUCAUAUUACAUUCGCUUUGGUCUUCCAACAACAUGCAGAAGGAAACAGCGCAAUAGCCGCUCUAACUGCAACGUGACUAGGCUAUUUGCAGUGGCCUAUAGCCCCAGUCUCUCCUAAUCUAAAUCGGGUCGCUCAUAAAUGCGCUGCUAUACUCACAGAAUGUUUCAGCGAUAUUAAGUUAUGAUGAUGCGUGCUGCAUUUCAUCAAAUGUUUGCACUCAAACAACCAAUAAUACUGUGCGACUGGUUCUUUUCGUGUGUUUGGUCUGGACUGCAUUCUCACCUGCAGUGAACUGCACCAUGGUACGAAUUGAAUCGGACCGAGACCACCCUUUUUGAGCGAGCCACGGUGCGUUUUUUAGUGUGCUCCCGAGUAUGGAUAGUGUUCACACCAGUCCAAAUGAACCAAACUAAGAGGGUAAACACACCAAUUCGGUGUGAAAGCCCCCUAAAUUGUUCAACAUUUCUAGGCUAAGUCAGAUUUCCAUGCACAUGGACGUCUCAUUCAGUUUGUGCAGAUGUCCAUUACAAAGUCUGUUUUAAAUGGCUACUGGAUUUUCCUAGCAUUAGCAUGUUGGCUAAAUGUUUGGCGGGUUGCACAUAGCAACAUUCCUAAUGAUUUGGAUUCAGUUAUGUUCGAUUUUACCAUUAGAGAUGUGGGGUUUGUGUGUGAGCUGCGAAAGAGAAGUGGUUGUACCAAGGUUUCCAGCAGACACAGGAAGUUGCUUAAAGUGAUGCGUUAUUCUGAAAUCUGAGGCCGGGAAAGGAAAGGAAAGCAAAACCCCAAAGUAUGUACAGAGUGGAGGAGGGAUGGCUUUAAAAGGCAUAGAUGACUGAAGAAGUGGUCACUUCAGUUAUGCCUAGUUCAUUUCUCACAGGGUUUUCUGCUGUGUCAGUGAGGUUGAGGGCUGGACUGUGCACUCUGCUGCAUCUUGUGCUUUCUCUCAUAUAAACUCCCGUUACUGCAGGGUGUCAGUGAGGUUGAGGGCUGGACUGUGCACUCUGCUGCAUCUUGUGCUUUCUCUCAUAUAAACUCCCGUUACUGGAGGGUGUCAGUGAGGUUGAGGGCUGGACUGUGCACUCUGCUGCAUCUUGUGCUUGCUCUCAUAUAAACUCCCGUUACUGGAGGGUAAAACCUUCGUCUCUGUUACACCCUGGUAACAUAAUCUACCAUAACCACCCCCUGCCUUCCUCCUCUGUCCCAGGCAACAGUGAGGAAUUGUAAAGAAGGGAAGAGACAUGGAUUCAGUCAAUGGAAAGGCUCUUUCAGUUUGUGUGUGUGCGCGUGUAUACAGUGGAGAGAACAAGUAUUUGAUGCACUACCGAUUUUGCAGGUUUUCCUACUUACAAAGCGUGUAGAGACGGAAUCUAAAACAAAAAUCCAGAAAAUCACAUUGUAUGAUUUUUAAGUAAUUAAUUUGCAUUUUAUUGCAUGACAUAAGUAUUUGAUCACCUACCAACCAGUAAGAAUUCCGUCUCUCACAGACCUGUUAGUUUUUCUUUAAGAAGCCCUCCUGUUCUCCACUCAUUACCUGUAUUAACGGCACCUGUUUGAACUCGUUACCUGUAUAAAAGACACCUGUCCACACACUCAAUCAAACAGACUCCAACCUCUCCACAAUGGCCAAGACCAGAGAGCUGUGUAUGGACAUCAGGGAUACAAUUGUAGACCUGCACAAGGCUGGGAUGGGCUACAGGACAAUAGGCAAGCAGCUUGGUGAGAAGUUCAAGAUGACGGUCAAUCACCCUCGGUCUGGGGCUCCAUGCAAGUUCUCACCUCGUGGGGCAUCAAUGAUCAUGAGGAAGGUGAGGGAUCAGCCCAGAACUACAUGGCAGGACCUGGUCGAUGACCUGAAGAGAGCUGGGACCACAGUCUCAUAGAAAACCAUUAGUAACACACUACGCCAUCAUGGAUUAAAAUCCUGCAAUGCACGCAAGGUCCCCCUGCUCAAGCCAGCGCAUGUCCAGGCCCGUCUGAAGUUUGCCAAUGACCAUCUGGAUGAUCCAGAGGAGGAAUGGGAGAAGGUCAUGUGGUCUGAUGAGACAAAAAUAGAGCUUUUUGGUCUAAACUCCACUCGCCGUGUUUGGAGAAAGAAGAAGGAUGAGUACAACCCCAAGAACACCAUCCCAACCGUGAAGCAUGGAGGUGGAAACAUCAUUCUUUGGGCAUGCUUUUCUGCAAACGGUACAGGACGACUGCACCGUAUUGAGGGGAGGAUGGAUGGGGCCAUGUAUCGCGAGAUCUUGGCCAACAACCUCCUUCCCUCAGUAAGAGCAUUGAAGAUGGGUCGUGGCUGGGUCUUCCAGCAUGACAACGACCCGAAACACACAGCCUGGGCAACUAAGGAGUGGCUCCGUAAGAAGCAUCUCAAGGUCCUGGAGUGGCCUAGCCAGUCUCCAGACCUGAACCCAAUAGAAAAUCUUUGGAGGGAGCUGAAAGUCCGUAUUGCCCAGCGACAGCCCCGAAACCUGAAGGAUCUGGAGAAGGUCUGUAUGGAGGAGUGGGCCAAAAUCCCUGCUGCAGUGUGUGCAAACCUGGUCAAGACCUACAGGAAACGUAUGAUCUCUGAAAUUGCAAACAAAGGUUUCUGUACCAAAUAUUAAGUUCUGCUUUUCUGAUGUAUCAAAUACUUAUGUCAUGCAAUAAAAUGCAAAUUAAUUACUUAAAAAUCAUACAAUGUGAUUUUCUGGAUUUUUGUUUUAGAUUCCGUCUCUCACAGUUGAAGUAUACCUAUGAUAAAAAUUACAGACCUCUACAUGCUUUGUAAGUAGGAAAACCUGCAAAAUUGGCAGUGUAUCAAAUACUUGUUCUCCCCACUGUAUGUGCUUGUGUGUACAUCAUGCACCAAAGCCUGGCUGACUGUAGACAAUAGAUUUUCCAGCUGUAGUCAAUACCCCAGUGCCUAAGUGCUUAUCACUGCCUUGCUUUCCAUUAGGCCUCGGCGCAACUCUAGAAGCUGUGUACAGCACAACAGCACACUAGUGUGUUUGUUUUUAUAUACCCAGUGUACUUUACCCUCCGUGGCGGCCAGUCCCGUCAGGUGAGAGUGAUUCCUGUCUAAAGUCUCACUCGGGUUAAUAUGCAUACUGCAUACUUUACUCUAGUUGUCUAUUAAUGGAAAUAAAGCUUGGCCUUGGAAUUCAUCUCUUGUUCAGGAUAUCUUCUGGGCUUAGCUGUGGUACGGCUUUCGAGAAAAUCUAGAUAUUCAAACCAAACAGCAAAGGUGGGGAAGAUCAAGCCUUCACCCCCAUCUCCAGUAAUAAUGAAUAGUUUAUCCAUCUAACCUAUUGUUUUAGUCUGAGUUUUAUCACUGCCAAUUAAAUGUUCCACUGCUUCCAAUAACACUCGUAUGAACUUUCAUAGCAGUGCCUUUAUAAUGAUAUAAAGCUAUCUCUGAGGUCAUGGUGGGGGAGACUGAAUGAUGACUGUUGUUGUGAGGAGCAGCAUAUCAUGCCCUGCCCUGUACAUGACAUAACCUCUGACCCAUGUAAAUAGGCUAUGGCUAUGUAGAGUUUCCUGACCAUGUGACCUGCCCAGGAAAACAACUGAGCCCCUAUUUAAAGCCUUUAACCUGGGCCCAGAGUAGAAAAACAACCCUGGCCCUGGCUACUACAGGACCGGUACCUGUCUUGGGCUGUUCUAAACUUGGGCUGGGUGAGUGGCUGUCUCUGCCUGGAGAGGAUGAAUAAUGAACCAGUCGUGUACUUAGAGCUGAGAGCGAGGGAGGGUGGAGUUGGCUCAGGCUAGGAUGAAAGGAAAACCAUGUGCUUGCAUGAUGAUAGAGGAGGAGAGGGAGCUCAGUUCUGCUACUGGGAUUUAUUCCACCCAAACCUUGACUCCGAUUACUCUCAAUCUACCUCUGGAUGUCUAUACUGAUAUCUGGGCACACUCAGAUGUGGCCUUUCUACCUGUUUUAUCCACUUUCUGUUUCUCUUUACCUAGUGAAGAUGUGUGUGUGUGUGUGUGUGUGUGCACAGGGCACACGUCAGAAUGUUUUGUGUUGGGGACAACGGUGAUUAGGAGGUGCUGAAAGUGCUCCUUUCAGCUCAUACACACUCUCCGUGCAGCUGUUGAAGAGAGGCAACUCUGUGUGAAGUCAAGGUCUACAAGCGUGACAGUCUUCUCAUGAGAAUAUGCCUAUGCCUAAAUGUGUGUAGGUAGAAGAUUGUAAGACGACAAAAAAGCCAAAUAAUAAGUAGUUGAAAAUGUAGGGUCUACGUGAUCGUAGUCAUUUUGAGACGCAGAGCAAGGAAGGUUGCAUGACUGUCGUCAUAAGGCCGGUUCACCCUUCCUGUGUUGGGUCAAUGUUCUUAUUCUCAUCUGUCAGUCAGUCAGCUUCCACCGAAUCUGUUGCCUCACUCAUUCAGCACAUUUUAAAAGCAUCAGCGUGACCCCAGCAUGGUUAGCAGUAUGUUGGAAGGUAGCCAGAAAAGUCCAGUCCAUUCACUUUGUCCAAUUAAACAACCCAGGAAAUAAGUCCUUUGGCGGUUAGCUUAGCAACAUCUGAGCCUCACGUCUGACUUCAGCCUGGUUUAGUGUUAUAGUUCAGUUCAGAUGAAAAGUUGUGGACAGGUUUUUGUUGCUAUAGUAUCUUGGCUCGAAUAUUUCAUUUCAGAGCUCUCUCUUAUCCUGUCAGUUUCAGUUUCGGUGCCCAAGUAGCAUUUAGGUUAGUGUGUGUGUGUAGUCUGCCCCCAGCCUCUACACAUCUACAUGUUUGUAUCUACAGUAUCUGCCCAGGGACUACAGAUGAAAACUAGCUAGCUCGUUAAAUGUGGCACAUUUACAGCAAUGUUAAUUAAUGUACAUUGCCCCUGUCAAAUAAAUAAAUCCAUCCUUUUUGAUUUGAGGUCUUGUCUGCAUCACAAAUGGCACCCUAUUCCCUUUGUAGUGCACUACUUUUGACCAUUUGGGAUGGAUAUUUGUUGGGAUGUGAUGCUACUCCUCAGUAUCGCACUUAAUUUCAUUUUCAGCAUUUGGCUGCUGGUGGUGAAGUGAGUUAAGGUUUAGCGGCCUUAGCCCUAGUGUGUUUCUCUGUGUGAGUGGCGACGUUCCCAGCUAGCCUAGUCUCCCCCUCUUUGUCUGAGCGUGGCAGUCUGAUGUAGAGGAGAGGGAUCAGGGGUGCAGCUUAGCGGAAACUCUUCAGCCGGUCUGAGGUAGCUAGGGUGGGGGGUAAAUGGCUGGAACAUCAGACCCCCCCCCCCCCCCCCCCCCCCCCUCCCGGACACACGCAAACUUGCGCACACACACACACACCAGGGCUGCACGAUUUGGACAUAUCUAAUAGCCAUUUUGUGAUUUUCAUUCACGUUGGUGAAAACUUGAUAGUUCUAUGAGACAUGGUUAAAACAAGUGUCAAAGUAGAAAACGGCCCAUCUAAAAUGAGAUCACAAGCUGUUCUAUAUGAACAUUAUUUUAGAUGUUAUAUAAAAACUUCAAAACAACCAAGCACACACAAUUUCUUUAGGAAGUAUCCUUUCAAUGGUUUGGCAAUGAAAAAGCCAGGAAGAAGUUGUUCCAUUCAGAACAAGGCAUGUCAUUGCACAAACACAUGCUGAUGUACUUACUCUACACACCAUCACGGGUACUAGGGUAUGCAAACAUUUGUGAGCUCAGUGCAUUUAGCCAAAUAUUAUUAUAAUUAACUAGGUUUCCCCUUUCAUCUGUGAUUUAGCUAGCUAGCGAUUGGCAUUAGCGGCUAAUGAAUUUUGUAAGCACAGACAGCAUGCUAACUAGCGUUUUGCAUAGAAUAAGAUACACAAACGAAUAGUAGAGCAUAGAAAAUGUGGAUUUUGACAGUAUGCUGACUGCAUGCGAGUGCCAUUUGCGGUGUGGUCAAGCCUCGAAGAACAGCCUCCUUGAGUGGUUGGGAGCGGGGCUGCAGGAGGUGUGUGGCGUGUGUCUGGGAGCCGGGUACAGGAGAGAGAACUCACCAGCAAAAAAUCACAAUUAUAAACUGGGUGGUUUGAGCCCUGAAUGCUGAUUGGCUGAAAGCCGUGGUAUAGCAGACCGUAUACCUCUUGUAUGACAGUUAUUUUUACUGCUCUAAUUACAUUGGUAAACAGUUUUAUAAUAGCAAUAAGGCACCUCCGGAGUUUGUGGUAUAUUGUCAAUGUAAAUAUUGAUAAAUAAUGAAUAUACUGUACAUGCGCCAAUUUAAUUCCACACAAUUAUGCUAAUUAACCUAUAGACCGAUAAGCAUGAUCAGUCAAAUGUAUUUACAUCGACUGGUAUUUCCAUCAAUGAAAAGGCUAAAAAGUCUAACGGCUAAUGGAAACCCUGGGUAGUAGGUGCCAGUCGCACCGGUUUGUGUGUCAAACAAGUUUCCCGUGUGUAUCAAGAAUGGGCCAUCGCCCAAAGGACAUCCAGCUAACUUGACACAAUUGUGGGAAGAAUUAGAGUCAACAUGGGCCAGCAUCCCUGUGGAACGCUUUCAACACCUUGUAAACUCCAUGCCCUGACGAAUUGAGGCUGUUCUGAGGGCAAAAGGGGGUGCAACUCAAUAUUAGGUAUUCCUAAUGUUUUUUACUCUGUUUUUUAAACACAGUCCGCUUCACUGUGGCUGCCCUUUUCGACUCCCUCUGAAUGUGGCAGGCAGUCACAUUUCUCAUAGAUCUUGAGCACACUUCCCUUGACUUAUAUAUUAACUCAACCGCCCUCUCCCUCAGUGUCAGCUACUACUUGGUUUAUGUAUGUAUGUACAGUGAGGGAAAAAAGUAUUUGAUCCCCUGCUGAUUUUGUACGUUUGUCCACUGACAAAGAAAUGAUCAGUCUAUAAUUUUAAUGGUAGGUUUAUUUGAACAGUGAGAGAUAGAAUAACAACAAAAAAAUCCAGAAAAACGCAUGUCAAAAAUGUUAUAAAUUGAUUUGCAUUUUAAUGAGGGGAAAUAAGUAUUUGACCCCUCUGCAAAACAUGACUUAGUACUUGGUGGCAAAACCCUUGUUGGCAAUCACAGAGGUCAGACGUUUCUUGUAGUUGGCCACCAGGUUUGCACACAUCUCAGGAGGGAUUUUGUCCCACUCCUCUUUGCAGAUAUUCUCCAAGUCAUUAAGGUUUCGAGUCUGACGUUUGGCAACUCAAACCUUCAGCUCCCUCCACAGAUUUUCUAUGGGAUUAAGGUCUGGAGACUGGCUAGGCCACUCCAGGACCUUAAUGUGCUUCUUCUUGAGCCACUCCUUUGUUGCCUUGGCCGUGUGUUUUGGGUCAUGGUCAUGCUGGAAUACCCAUCCACGACCCAUUUUCAAUGCCCUGGCUGAGGGAAGGAGGUUCUCACCCAAGAUUUGACGGUACAUGGCCCCGUCCAUCGUCCCUUUGAUGCGGUGAAGUUGUCCUGUCCCCUUAGCAGAAAAACACCCCCAAAGCAUAAUGUUUCCACCUCCAUGUUUGACGGUGGGGAUGGUGUUCUUGGGGUCAUAGGCAGCAUUCCUCCUCCUCCAAACACGGCGAGUUGAGUUGAUGCCAAAGAGCUCGAUUUUGGUCUCAUCUGACCACAACACUUUCACCCAGUGAAUCAUUCAGAUGUUCAUUGGCAAACUUCAGACGGGCAUGUAUAUGUGCUUUCUUGAGCAGGGGGACCUUGCGGGCGCUGCAGAAUUUCAGUCCUUCACGGCGUAGUGUGUUACCAAUUGUUUUCUUGGUGACUAUGGUCCCAGCUGCCUUGAGAUCAUUGACAAGAUCCUCCCGUGUAGUUCUGGGCUGAUUCCUCACCGUUCUCAUGAUCAUUGCAACUCCACGAGGUGAGAUCUUGCAUGGAGCCCCAGGCCGAGGGAGAUUGACAGUUCCUUUGUGUUUCUUCCAUUUGCAAAUAAUCGCACCAACUAUUGUCACCUUCUCACCAAGCUGCUUGGCGAUGGUCUUGUAGCCCAUUCCAGCCUUGUGUAGGUCUACAAUCUUGUCCCUGACAUCAUUGGAGAGCUCUUUGGUCUUGGCCACGGUGGAGAGUUUGGAAUCUGAUUGAUUGAUUGAUUGCUUCUGUGGACAGGUGUCUUUUAUACAGGUAACAAGCUGAGAUUAGGAGCACUCCCUUUAAGAGUGUGCUCCUAAUCUCAGCUCGUUACCUGUAUAAAAGACACCUGGGAGCCAGAAAUCUUUCUGAUUGAGAGGGGGUCAAAUACUUAUUUCCCUCAUUAAAAUGCAAAUCAAUUUAUAACAUUUUUGACAUGCGUUUUUCUGGAUUUUUGUUGUUGUUAUUCUGUCUUUUCCUGUUCAAAUAAACCUACCAUUAAAAUUAUAGACUGAUCAUUUCUUUGUCAGUGGGCAAACGUACAAAAUCUGCAGGGGAUCAAAUACUUUUUUCCCUCACUGUAUGGUUAUUCAGUUCCAGUGACAAAACACUAGCAGUUUUUCAGAGCGCCACUCAUCCGGUACAGAAUAAACGUCCGCCUCCGAAAUGGCACCCUAUUCCCUUUAUAGUGCACUAGAGAAUAGGGUGCCAUUUGGGAUACACACAAGUUCCCUGUUCCAUUGGUCUCACUCUGUCCAGUGUCAAACUCCCCAUUUACAUUUUACAUUUUAGUCAUUUAGCAGACACUCUUAUCCAGAGCGACUUACAGGAGCAAUUAGAGUUAAGUGCCUUGCUUAAGGGCACAUCGACAGACUUUUCACCUAGUCGGCUAGGGGAUUAGAACCAGCGACCUUUCGGUUACUGGCACAACGCCCUUACCCAAUAAGCUACCUGCCACCCCCUAGCCAUCCCCAGACAUAAUAAGGUCUUUAUUUCUGCCAUGGUUAUUUCCAGCUCAGGAGGUAUUUCGUGGAGCAUUGACUGAUGGGGGAACAAGGUUAGCAUCAAUUCAUCAAUGCUAAUGGAAUUCUCAAGCCAAGCCAAUGCUAAGCUAACAUCUGUCACUUCAGAAGUACCAUCUCUUAGGCUACAGCAAGGGCAAUCAUGUCCACCACCUACCUCACUGCAGUGCUCCACAGUCCACUCCACACUGAUUGUCUGCAUCCCAAAUGGUACCGUAUUACCUAGGGCUGGCACAAUUACCGUAUUUUAUGGAUGAACACCGUCAUGAAAAUAAAAGAACUGUCCUAACUGUAAAAAAGAUAUAUUGUUUUGUGUGUGUGGUACGAACAGCUGACUGAAGACAGGACGGCUGGGCAAUCGUGUGGUUGAGUCCGUUUCCGCAGUAACAUGGACUCUUUACAACAUAACUUUGGUUGCCUUGCAUUCAUUUGGCAGAACAAUAACCAUCAUCCAAAAGUCCAUGACUGUUACAGCCCUGCUAUUACCUAUAUACAGUUCUACGUUUGACCAGGGCCCAUAGGUCUCUGCCUCUAGUCAAACGCAAUGCACUGUACAGGGAAUAGGGUGCCAUUUUGAGAUGCAGACAUUGUUUUGGCUGUUAAGCUACCUCCUGUGUCUUGUAGAUCCUUGUAUAACAGAUGUUGUGUAAGUAGAUAUCUGACAUACUGAGCUCUCCUCCUCUCUGUUCCAGGUACAAACGAGUCUUCUCCGUGGGCACUCAUGGCAUUACCACGUACAACCCCACCACGCUCGAAGUCACAAACCAGGUCAGUGGACUCACCUUUAAUCCUGUCAUGUUUUCUCAAAGUCUGAGUCAUGUGAAAUCCAUGUGAUAAGUACCAUUAUGUGAUGACUGUCAACAUAUUUUUUUCUGUUUAGUCCUAAAUAUCCCAGUGGUUAUGGUUUUGUUCAGCAUAUCUCCUGUCACCAACUUGAUGAAUAUCUAUGACCUGUCAUUUUCACUGUUAUGGAAUGUGACUUGUUGACAUGCGACAUGUUGGUCUCUCUGUCUCUGUCUCACUCUCUGUGGUGCCCUGUAGUGGCCAUACGGGGACAUCUGUGGCAUCACCCCGGUGGGCAAGGGCCAGGGCACCGAGUUCAACCUCACAUUCCGCAAGGGCAGUGGCAAAAAGUCAGAAACGCUCAAGUUCUCAACAGAGCACCGGACCGAGCUGCUCACAGAGGCACUGGUGAGAGAACACACCAUUGGUUCUGGAAGAAUAUACUUUAUAAAUACCUGAGUAGCUUAGUUCAACUGCCUUACCGCAUCAGAACCCAAAUAUAAGUUUUUUUAGUCUAAUGUUUGUAAACCUUUUAAGCAAACAUUGUAUAACUUCAAAAACAUGGCUAAAGCUAGCAUUUUGAUCUCAUGGGUGGUCAGUCCAUAGCUCCAUCUAUACAUUUGAGAGGGGUUACAUUUCUUAAGCCCCACCCCUCAGCUGUUUACCCCAGAAAGUGGUGAGAUGACUGCUUAGUAGUUCUUUGAAUCCCAGGUUGCCCCUUUAAUCAAUAUGUUGUAAUGGGGAACUACACUCACCUCCUACCACCAGCACCCAUGUGUAGCAUCAGCCAUUAUUUUUUAAUGAGAAUGCUCACAACACAUUAGCAACAGUGGCCGACUGUUGGUCGCUUUAGAAACACCAUCACAUACAAUAAAAGUAAGGCUGUCAAAUGAUUAAUUGCAUUAAUGGCAUUACUUAAUUUUUGAAUUUCCUCAAAUUUGGCCCUAAAGAAAAUAUUUGUCUAUUUCUAAAAGCAGUGCAUUGAGUUACAGGCAUACUAUGCUUUGAUUGUAAGGGACGGAAACACAAUUAUCUACAUUAGAAUGUUGUAAUCGCAUGUUCACCAUAAACAACACAAAAGUCCCUCUAACAUACAAGCUAUUAAUGUUCCCUCUUAGGUGUUUAGGUAGGCCUACUCCCUCUUAUCAAUGUUCUUGAAGGUUAACACCUGCACACAGCACACACAGCUUUAAGUACUGUUAAAGCUUCAGGAAUUCUAAAUGAGUGUGACUAUAGGAAAAAAUAACUGGCUCUAUGGAUACAAAGAACAAAGAGCUUUUAAACUUGUCCAACAAUGUUAUGAACACACUGUAACCGUCUGUACUCUUCAGAUAACUACACACACAAUCAUACACAACCCACUAUUGCAUAUGCAGCCUACCUUUUGAAGCAUCUCUUUGAGUAGGCUAUCCCUUUUCAGUUCUUCCUGUGCCAUCCAAAUUUGGGCAUAGCCUAGUCAGUGGUCAAUUUAUCAGGUUGCUUGGUAACAUGGUAACAAUGUUUGUUAUCAAACCAACAAAUAGCUGCUUGCGUGUAGUUUAAAACAGCCUGCGACAUGCGCAAGAAUCUGCGGCAGAAAGAAAAAAAACAUAGCUCUGGUAAUAUUGGGCAUAACUUUUACAUGAUUUUGUCUAGAGGCUUCAAUCAGGUGCAAGCAUUGACUGUAGCUGUGUUCCGUUUUGUGUUCUGCGCUUAAAAGGGUCCGUGAGGAAAUUAGUGUGCUUAACUAGAGUCCAUGCCUCCGCCAAAAUCUAAUUAGCAUGAUAAAACAUCUGUUUAAGCUAGGGAUCUGUUUUUUUGCAUGGGCUAGGUCUCAAUCCGCCGUUGUCGGCCUUCCGCAUCUGCAGUGGAAGGUGGCAGAGCUACAGCGGUGUUUGUCAGACCAGGAGACAUCCCAAAAAUCGGUCUUCUCAAGAAAACGUCUGUAGCGUUCGAAUGGUUUUGACCCCUCUAUGGAAAGAUGACACACUCACGAAAACAAUGGAGUUCUCCGUUUUGCUCUAUGACCCCCACAAGCGUCACGGGACUCAUCUGAAGUCGGUGCUGCCGAUCUGCCUACCUCUGUCUGUAGAGUCCGAAAGUUUGGCCUACACACUAACAUGACCCCUCUGUGAAAAGGUGAAACUCACUAACACGUCCGUUGUUUUGCUCUGGGAUGCCCACAAGCAUCACAAGAAUAGUCUGAAGGUAGCCCGGUACCAGUUAAAAAAAUUAAAUAUGGAAAUAUAUAUGGAAGUAGUUUUAUAAAUAAUUAUCUGAUCUUUCUUAUCUCUCAGCUAUAGGACAGACACUUCCUUUUGAUACAUUUUUGGACUAUCUGUUUUUCAAUGUAUGAGUCUGUUAUUCAUUGCGUUUCUAUGGGCUAAUAGCAGUAUUGCCAAAUUUAUCCCCCAAAAAAGUAUAUAUAUAUUUUUUUAUACCUAAAUGGGUUCUAAAAUUAAAAAUCUAAUUGCUAAAUAAUCCUUGGUAUGACGAUCUUAAAACAAUUCCAUAUCUUGGCCUAAAGAAUCCCCCUUAGACUCUAGGGGGUUAAAAUGUUCAGUGCGGUGAAGAAAUGGAGACAGGAUUAAUAGCGUCAAAACAUUUUACGGCGAUAAACAAAAAGCAAUUAAGUUGUCAAAAGUGCGCACACACACACACAUCUAAAUUGCAGUGGAGGUGAAACAUUUUUGCUGCAAAAACGCUCAUUGUCUAAAAAUGUAGCAAAAAAUUAUAGCGCUUGCAAGUUACAGGUCCCUUGACACACCACGCAGAAAACAAAAUGUGUUGAUGACAUGAAAUUGGUAUUCUGAGGAGGUGUAAGAGAUUCUCUCUCUAAUGAGUCUGAUAUUUCCCAUAAGACUCCAAAGUUCCUCUUUCUAGUGAGUAAAUGGGAACGGCACCUCCGUACCUUCAGGCUCUGAUCAGUCCCUACACCCAAACGAGGGCACUGCGUUCAUCCACCUCUGGCCUGCUGGCUCCCCUACCUCUGCGGAAGCAUAGUUCCCGCUCAGCCCAGUCAAACUGUUCGCUGCUCUGGCACCCCAAUGGUGGAACAAGCUCCCUCACUCACCACCUUCCGGAGACAUUUGAAACCCCACCUCUUUAAGGAAUACCUGGGAUAGGAUAAAGUAAUCCUUCUACCCCCCCCCCCCAAAAAAAAAAAAAAAAAAAAAACAUUGUAAAGUGGUUAUCCCACUGGCUAUAAGGUGAAUGCACCUAUUUGUAAGUCGCUCUGGAUAAGAGCGUCUGCUAAAUGACGUAAAUGUAAAUGCAAAUUAGACCAGCAUAUUCUUCUCAACCUUUUAUUUUUUUUUUUAUUUUUUUUUUAUUUUUAUUUAACUAGGCAAGUCAGUUAAGAACAAAUUGAUAAUUGCAAGACAACCAUUUUCACAUCUUGCCAUAGAUCUUUAAGCCGAUUUUAAGUCAAAACUGUAACUCGGCCACUCAGGUACGUUCACUGUUGUCUUUGUAAGCAACUCCAGUGUAGAUUUGGCCUUGUGUUUUAGGUUAAUGUCCUGCUGAAAGAUGAAUUAAUCUCCCAGUGUCUGGUGGAAAGCAGACUGAACCAGGUUUUCCUCUAGGAUUUUGCCUGUGCUUAGCUCCAUUCCGUUUAAUUUUUAUCCUGAAAAACUUCCCAGUCCUUAACGAUUACAAGUCACCCAAAACAUGAUGCAGCCACCACUAUGCUUAAAAAUGAGUGGUACUACUCAGUAAUGUAUUGGAUUUGCCCCAAACAUAAGACUUUGUAUUCAGGGCAAAAACUUAAUUAUUUUACCACAUUUUCUGCAAUAUUACUUCAGUGCCUUGUUGCAAACGGGAUGUUUUAGAAUAUUUUUAUUCUGUACAGGCUUCCUUCUUUUCACUCUGUCAAUAAGGGUAGUAUUGUGGAGUAACUACAGUUUUCUCCUAUCACAGCCAUUAAACGCUGUAACUGUUUUAAAGUCACCAUUGGCCUCAUGGGGAAAUCGCUGAGGGGUUUCCUUACUUUCCUGCAAAUGAGUUAGGAAGGACACCUGUGUUUUUCCAUAAAUAGCCACUCCUCACCCUUUUUGCAAUCUAUCACAACUGAAAAUAUUGUAACCACAAAUAUCAAUGUCCUUAUCCGACACCGAAUCAUUCAGCCAAGUCUCUGUGAGAAACAACAUAUCAGGGCUCGCGUCCUGCACCCACACAUCAAGAAGGCCAAUCUUUUCAAUCAAACUCCACACGUUUGUGUUCAACAGCCUAAUUAAACUUAUUCAAAGGAUGAUAUCAAUCAUCUAACUAAAAAGAAACAGUGCAUUAGGAGGUUUUUUUAAAUGGAUGGCAAUGCAUCACAGCCCGUAUUCAUAAAGUGUUGCAGAGUUAAAGUGCUGAUCUAGGAUCAGGUCCCCCCUGUCCACGUAAUCUUCAUUAUGAUCUGUAAGGCAAAACAGGUCUUAGAUCAACACUCUCUGAGAAGUUUUAUGAAUACGGGCCCAGAUUACAAUGGAUACAUGUUUAAUCUGAUCUCCCCUUCUCUCUGCAGAGAUUCAGGACAGACUUCUCAGAGGGAAAGAUAACUGGCAGGGUGAGUAUUGAGUGAGGUAAUGGAGAAAGGAGCGAGGGAAUGAAGACCUGAACGAAAGAGUGAAAGGAGAACAGAAUGCAUGACCUCACUACAGAGGAGAAUGGAAUGAUAUGAAUGCCGAUAUGAAUGAAUAUAAGGUGGAGGAGGGGGAGCAAAACAAAUGAGUAAACAAACACUGCACACAUCCCAGGGCCAUGUUGAGUAGAGCAGAGAGGGGGAGGAGGAAGGGCAUAGUGGAGCAGCCUCUAGUUCUUCUUCCUGAGUUGAUAAUAAUAGGAUCUGUGUUCUCUCUCUCUUUCCCUCUCCUGCGCUGAGCUAGUCUAGGAGACGCGAUCAGGAACCCUGAGGGUUUUAUUGAGUGUUCCAAAAUGGCACCCUAUUCUCUAUGUAGUGCACUUCUUUUGGUCAAAGUUAGUGCACUAUAUACGGAAUAGGGUGCCAUUAGGGACAGAGCCUCUGUCCAUGUUUGUUUUCUCCUCCAUCAGCACAAUCCCAUUUCCUUGGGGGAGAGAGGUUGGAAUAGAACAGCAGCUCGCCUGCUCCCGUAAGGGUGACUUUCAUCUACAGCACAGAUCAAUACAAAUUCUUGGUGAUCUCAUCGAAGAGGAGCACAAUGGUUGCACCCCAAAUGCCUCCCUAUAUAGUGCACUACUUUUGACCAGAGCCCUAUGGGUCUCUAAGGGGGUUUCUAAGCAUUAUCAUUACCUAGCUCUGGUCCAGGGCAUUACUGUACGUGCUGCUUGCCGACGUUGCGCACGUAAUGCCCCGGACCAGAGCUAGGCGUGAUGAUGCUCAGAGCUAUAUCAUGCAGUGAUGCUAUGACAUUUGUCCACUUUGUUAACAUUUGUGUCCCUCCUGUCAGCGCUACAACUGUUACAAGCACCACUGGAGCGACACGCGGAAGUCGGUGAGCCUGGAGGUGACCCCGGGGGGCAUCGACCAGAUCGACCCCCAGACCAACCGGGUGGUGUGCUCUUACGACUACCGUUCCGUGGAGGGCUUUGCAGAGGUCAACGACUACCAGGGGGGCUUCUGCAUCCUCUAUGGGGGCUUCAGCCGCCUGGUACGUACCUAGGGGGGAGGGUAGUGUGUGUGUGUCUCUCUCUCUAAACCAGGGCUCUCCAACCCUGUUCCUGGAGUGCUACUGUCCUGUAGUUUUUCACUCCAGCCCUAAUCUAGCACACCUGAUUCUAAUAAUUAGCUGGUUGAUAAGCUGAAUCCGGUAAGUUACAACGGGUUGGAACGAAAACCUACAGGACAGUAGCUGUCCAGGAACAGGGUGGGAGAGCCCUGUGUCAUGUAAAACUCUUCCCAGUGUGAAAUAGUUCCCAAUUGUUCUGAUUGUGUUGUGAUUGUCGAGGUCAUGUUGUAAAAAUUUUCACAGCGUGAAAAUGUCCCUAGUCAAUAAUUGCACGCGCGUCUGUGUGGAUGGCUGAGCUUGUGCAGAUGUUUCUCUUACACCCCCUCGCCCUUGAUUUAGCAAGCCUAAUUAGCUGUAAACUGGUCGAGAUGGCUUGUUCUCAGAGGUGUGCAGUUUGAACUUGUUUGUAUAGCUAACUAACUAACAAAUAUAUAUGUACUGUCAAUUGAAAACGUAGCGCCCAAGUCUUUGCAAUCGCAAAAAAUCUCUCCUCACAUCAACCCUCAGCACAUCAACCCUCAGCACGAGUCGACAAGCUUCAGAUUGGUCAGAGUCAAUACUCCUGGCCACCAUUGAUUGGCAGAUGUGUGAAGCAAAUGCGCGUGCCCACAGAACAGUUUUCCGAGGUCGAGGGAGGGUGUGAGAAACAUCCGCGUAAAGAGAUGCUUGUGCAAUUAUUCAACUGGGAACAUUUUCACGCUGGGAGAAAUGUUACAGCAUGACGUCACAAUCAGAACACGAUCAGAAUGAUUGGGAAGGUUUUUACAUGACACCCUGCUCUAAAGGUUUGUUUGUCUGUGUGCAAAUGUGUUUAUGCCCUUGAGAAAUCCUACUGUCCAGGACUUGACUCACCAUUCUUAUUGCACCCCAACCCAAUCCCAUCCCUUUAUUCACCUUCCUAUUGCCUCUCUCUGCCCAUACUUCCCAUCCCCCUCUCUCUACCGUCCCAUCCCUCCCUCUCUUACCUAUCUCUUUCCCCCCGAUCCCUCUCUCUCCAACUUUCCAUCCCAUCUUCAGCACCUGUUUGCGUCAGAGCACCGGGACGAGAUCAUCAAAAGCGCCAUCGAGCAUGCGGGCAACUUCAUCGGCAUCACACUGCGGCUGCGUAAGGACCCGCUGACCUUCGAGGACUUUGUGACGGAUCGACUGGGGAAGUACGGCUCGGACGAGUCCAUCACCUCCCUGGCUGAGUUUGUGGUGCAGAAGAUCUCCCCACGCCACUCGGUCAGAAUCACUCCUAUCCCGAUCACUCCGUCCAUUACUUUUAUAUAUGACCUGUUUAUUUGACCUGUGUUGACCUUUUAUGAGGAUGCAAUUUUUCUUUAUUAUGACAUCGAGAUGAAAAUGUUAUUUGUAGUCAACUGGCCCUUAUAGACUUGAGACUAACUUCUUCUGUGAUGUUUGUCUCUGACAGGAGCCCGUUAAGAGGAUCCUGUGCCUGACAGAGACAUGUCUGGUGGAGAGAGAUCCAGCCUCCUACAACAUAGUCACCAUCAAGCCCUUUGGAGAGGUGGGUGGCUGCUACAACUCCUACAUAAAUACUGGGGCUGACUCAUAGAAUUGGUAGAAGAAGAAUUUUCCAUGAUGUGUUAUAAUGUGGAUUUCUGUCUGUUUUAUCCAUUCUAUUUCUAUGGCCCGGCCUCUGCCUCAGGCUCUGUUAAAUGCCAUGUUUGUCUUUUUCAAAUAAAUUGGACUGAAGCACUGUUGUUUUAGUGUAAUUUGGGGUAAACGCUGUGUGUGUCUGUGUGUGUAUCUGCAGGUGUUUGCUCUCAUCUGCGAUGCGGAGAACCCCCAGGUGUUCACCAUAGAGUUCAUCAGAGGCCAGAUCAGGAAGUACUGCUCCACAGACCGGUACAGUGAAACACACAGCUCCUAUUGUACACAUACGGUAUCAUGAGUGCCAUAUUUGCCCUCUACAGUUUCCUUCCACAGGUUUUUCUUUUUAUACCAAAUCUGUCGGUCUCACUCUGCUCUGCUGUUCUUCAUGUGUUCAUGUGUGUUAUAUUUAACCCAUCCCACAUCUGUCUUUCUCUAUUGUUUAUAAGUGUGUGUAUUUGUGGGUCAUAUCUGUUUCCCUCUCCAUCUUAUUGACUGAAUCUGCUGUGUGUGUUUAGGGACUCCCUGAUGGCCAGUCUGCUGGACGGGGUUCGUGCGUCGGGUAACAGGGAUGUGUGUGUGAAGAUGGCCCCCACCCAGCGGGGCCAGCGCUGGGGCCUACUGAGCAUGCCUGUGGAUGAGGAAGUGGAGAGCCUGCACCUCAAAUUUCUGGCAGUGCCCCCUAGUGAGUAACACCUUUCACGGGUGUAUUCAUUAAGCACCAAACUAUUUGAACUUGUCCAAUAAGCCAUUUUCAGUUGCAAAAUGUUUUUCGUUUGACCCAGGUUUUAUCAGUGACCUGAAAUGGCCAGUUUAAUAUUAUAUCUUUAAAGGACUGAGGGUUUGAACAUGUGUCCCUGUCCCUCAGAUGGAAACUUUGCAGACGCAGUGUUCAGAUUCAACGCUAACGUAUCCUACAGCGGUGUGCUGCACGCCGUCACCCAAGACGUAAGUGUGUUGAAACCUACCAAGCGACAGUGUGUUGAAACCUACCAAGCCACAGUGUGUUGAAACCUACCAAGCGACAGUGUGUUUAAACCUACCAAGCCACAGUGUGUUGAAACCUACCAAGCCACAGUGUGUUGAAACCUACCAAGCCACAGUGUGUUGAAACCUACCAAGCCACAGUGUGUUGAAACCUACCAAGCCACAGUGUGUUGAAACCUACCAAGCCACAGUGUGUUGAAACCUACCAAGCCACAGUGUGUUGAAACCUACCAAGCCACAGUGUGUUGAAACCUACCAAGCCACAGUGUGUUGAAACCUACCAAGCCACAGUGUGUUGAAACCUACCAAGCCACAGUGUGUUGAAACCUACCAAGCCACAGUUUGUUGAAACCUACCAAGCCACAGUGUGUUGAAACCUACCAAGCCACAGUGUGUGUUUGGUAGUGUACUAGGCCUAUUUUUAACAUUCCUCUCCUCUUCCGGUCUCUCAGGGUCUGUUUUCGGAGAACAAGGAGAAGCUGAUAAGCAAUGCCGUCUUGGCCCUGCUGUCCCAGGAGUGUGAGCUGCCGGGCCCCAACGCUGAGCUGGAGAGCCACUUCCAGGCCCUCCGACGCCUGGUGGCCUCAAAGGCCGGCUUCCAGGCGUUCACACAGCUUCCCAAGUAAGGCUUCCGACACACACACACACACACACACACUACUGCCCCUUCUUCCUGACUUUCCGUCUCUCCUUUCACUACCCCUUUCUCCCUUCUUCAAAGCUCUGACUGUCUAAUUGUGCUUUUCACUUCUCCCUCCUCUGCUACAUUCUCCCAGUCCUUCUGCUCCCCUCUCCAUCCCCCUCUCCUACUGGUAGUUGUUGCUAUGCAGUAUUGUGUAGCGGUGUUGUGGGAAGUGUGUAGGUAACAGACGUACUCUGUCAUUCCAAGGUCUGGUCAAGGGUCUGGAUUCACAGAUGGAACGUAAAUAUUAAUCCAUACAUCUCAGUCUGCCCUCUGUCUGUCUUCCCUGUCUUCUCUCUCCGUCUACUACUCUCCUUUCAUCUGUCUACUACUCUCCUUUCAUCUGUCUACUACUCUCCUUUCAUCUGUCUACUACUCUCCUUUCAUCCGUCUACUACUCUCCUUUCAGCCGUCUACUACUCUCCUUUCAUCUGUCUACUACUCUCCUUUCAUCCGUCUACUACUCUCCUUUCAUCCGUCUACUACUCUCCUUUCAUCCGUCUACUACUCUCCUUUCAUCCGUCUACUACUCUCCUUUCAUCCGUCUACUACUCUCCUUUCAUCCGUCUACUACUCUCCUUUCAUCCGUCUACUACUCUCCUUUCAUCCGUCUACGACUCUCCUUUCAUCCGUCUACGACUCUCCUUUCAUCCGUCUACGACUCUCCUUUCAUCCGUCUACGACUCUCCUUUCAUCCGUCUACGACUCUCCUUUCAUCCGUCUACGACUCUCCUUUCAUCCGUCUACUACUCUCCUUUCAUCCGUCUACUACUCUCCUUUCAUGUGUCACACACAGGGAGAUCAAAAGAGAGGUGACGUCAUCCAUCUCUCUUCUCCACCUCUUUCUUCGUGUGUGUGCCCAUCUCUUUCUGUCUCUCUCGCUCUCUGUCUCUCUCGCUCUCUGUCUCUCUCCUGAUCUGUAUCUCUCAUGUAUCCAGGACACUGUCUCUCUCUCCUCUGGGGUCACUGAGAUGUAUGAGAGGAUUUCCAUUCUUUGUUCCUGUAUAGUUGAGAAUGAACCCCCAGACCCUUUUAAAAUGAUAUUUGUAGACCAGAGAUGCCAUAAAAAUGAGGCUGUUUGUCUGCCUUUUUGAAAUUCCAGUGUCAAUGAGUGUCCCCCUUGUCUCCAUAUCAUGUCAAUGAAAUGAAUUAAUGAGUCUUUGUCUAGUUUAAUCAGUGUGUGUGUGGUGUGCUGUGUUGUGUUGUGUUGUGUUGUGUUGUGUGUGUGUGUGUAUUGCAGGUUCCGGGAGAAGUUGGGGGUGAAGACGGUGAAAGCUCUGAAGAGGAACAACAACGGAGUGACACACGCCGCUAUAGACAUGCUCUGUGCUCUUAUGUGUGUAAGUGCCAUUUGGAUUCCCCUGAGCUGAAAGUUCACUCACACAGACGAUCUUACACACAAUUCUGGUGUGGCGACAUGACACUACCGAGAAUGUGACUGCCGUUGUAAAUGCACAAUUUACAUUUACAACAUUUAAUUGCAAUUUUAUUUGCAUCCUUCCAGCCGAUGCACGAUGACUAUGACCUGCGACAGGAGCAACUGAACAAGGCCUCCCUGAUGUCCUCCAAGAAGUUCCUGGAGAACCUUCUAGAGAAGUUUGUCAGCAACGUGGUACGUGUUUCAGCCUCAGCCUCUACUAACCUUUUUUGAUAUUGGUGCUGAAACCUGGGAGCGAAACCAAAGGAAGCCAUCUUGCUUCUUUAUUAACAGUCUCCUUCACACUCUUUUUUUUCUUCCCCUUCUAUAUACUCCCCCUUUCCCUCCAGGACCACGGCACAGGGGCACUGGUGAUCAGCUCGCUGCUGGACUUCCUGACCUUUGCCCUGUGCGCCCCCUACAGCGAGACCAGCGAGGGCCAGCAGUUUGACAUGCUGCUGGAGAUGGUGGCCUCCAAUGGGCGCACCCUCUUCAAACUCUUCCAGGUAGCUAGGAGGGGCGAGAGAAAGGUCUGGAAUCCAUAACUGAUAUGCUCCGUUUCAGUUUGGGUUCCAGGCUAAGAAUAAGAGAAAAGGAAACCGUAUAAGGUAUGUGUGACGAUCUGUUUUGACGGGAUUCAUUUAACGUUGUCUCAGUGAGUUGUUGUUGUUUUCCAGCACCCCUCUAUGGCCAUUGUGAAGGGAGCAGGCCUGGUGAUGAAGGCCAUCAUUGAGGUGAGGUUGGGGGGAGCAGGACUUGAUAUGACAAAGGAUAAUUAUUAUGAUUAUAUUGGCGAUGAUCAACAAAUUAUGAUUGUUUUCUUUAUUAGGAGGGGGAUAAGGAGAUAGCCACUAAGAUGCAGGAGCUGGCACUGAGUGAGGGGGCCCUGCCCAGACACUUGCACACCUCCAUGUUCACCAUCAGCUCAGACCAGAGGAUGCUCACCAACAGGUAAAGGACUAAGGGUCCAAAUCGGUUUACGUCAGAUUUUUACGUACAUCUCCCAUAACGUCCAUGCAUGAUUUACUCAAUCAAUUACACAUCCUUAUCUCAAGUUAGGAUUCUGACAAAUUCACUCAUGGUUUUGAAACUGUUCCUCCUACAGGCAGCUGAGUCGUCACCUGGUGGGCUUGUGGACAGCAGAGAACCCCAUCGCCAUGAGCCUCCUCAAGAGAAUACUGGUUAGGCUCCCGACAGGUGUUCAGUAGGGCUGUGACGAUACCAGUAUUGCAAUAUUUUUUUCAUGGCGAAAAUGAAAACACGACGCCCUCUUUGGUCCUUUAAAAACCUGCUGUAUGUAAAAUAUUGUGUGCUAUAGCUUAGAAAAUAAAUACAUGUGACUGGAUUGCAACAUAAUGAUGUUUGUUUCCAACAUAAAUCUGCUUCGUGUUUUGUUUCCUUGCCACGAUGGUAAGGAGUAUCGCAAUACUGGUAUCGUCCCGACCCUAGUGUUCAGGCAAUUCACUUGUGUACCAUCCAUACGAUUAGAGGCAGGGAAUUUGAUAGUGUACAGUCUCUCCAUCUCUCUCUUUCUUUCUCUCCAUCUCUCUCUCCCCGCAGCCGACGGGGCUGCUGGCGUACCUGGACAGCCCUGAUCCUGUCCCGGAGAAAGAUGUGGACAGGAUGCACAUCCGGGACAAUGUCAAAAUCGCCACGGUAAUCUGCAGUAGAGACAAUAAUGACAUUCCCCUUUACGCACUCCAUACACCGUUGUGGUACCUUUAGAAAUGCAUGUAUGCUUGGAUGUUAUUAGUACUGUAUAUAUUUUUUUACUGACUGGCCUUUUCCUGUCUGGUCCUUACAGGACCAGUUUGGUCAGCAAAAGGUGCCCGACUGGCAGCGGGUGGCGGGCAAGGCAGCCAAAGAGGUGGAGAAGUUUGCCAAGGAGAAGGCUGACAUCGUGCUGAUGCACUGGAGGGACAAGAUGGGUAUCGCCCAGAAGGAGGUGAGGAGGGACUCACUGCUCACUUUUCUCCCCCCAUUCAGGGGCUUCAUUCUGGCCCAGUAGCACUAAUGGUGACGCCCUCAUUCCGGCUCCUCUGGCUCUUGCUCCUCCUGCUGGUGCUGAGUUGUAUUGCAAGCUCUACUGCUUCCAUAGCCAUCUGCUGGACUGGUCCAGGUACUGUAGUACCAGUUAGCAUGGCUAGCAUCGCUAUCACCCUGCAGCUUUGCCAUGGGGGAGACACUCUGGGAACCAGUGGGUUCUGAACCGCAUUCUAACAAAUCCUCUGCUUUGCUGUUUUUGACGCUGCUGAACAGAUAUGCGCCGCUUGCUUUGUGUUGCGUCUGCCCUCGUUUGAAUGCGUCAGAGGGAUCCACAGAGAUCUUGGAAGUGUAGUGUUGCUGGGAUUGAUGUUAAAACUCUUGGUGCAGUUAUGACUUCUACUUAGAGCAACAUAGGGUAUGAAUGAUGCCACUGAGUAAAAUUCUGUGCAUUAUGGUGACAGAAUGAAAUGCAAGCAUUUACAGUAACAGUUAAUGUCGCCAAGACGGUAAAUGAGAGAUGUCUUGUUUAAAGGACUAAUGUGUGUCCUUGAGUAGAGCCGACCAUCUGAACGGGCCAGUUAUUAACAGAAAACACUCUCUCUGCCCUCUUCUCCUUUGCUAUACGGGCCACAGCUGCGCCUCUCAUUUGGCACAAAUCUUUAAUCAAAUCUCCUUUUAAAUCAACUGUGCCACAACGCUGCCACAAACCGAAGUUCACCUAUACUUUAUAUGACCAUCACUGGGUUUUUCCUGGGUUUUUGUCUCACCACACAAGGUUUGUCUAAGUACCAAAAUAAACAGGAACUUGUUAGUGCGGAUUCUGAACGAGACUAUUGUUAGAGGGCUGACUGUGGGUGAAGGUGAUUCCAGCUCAAAUCAAUCAUUUAAUUGAACUUUCUUUCCUUUAUCUGCGAACCAAUCACCUCACACACUCUACAAUCGCUACCACAACCGUUGUGAUUUCCUUUCCAUUAUUAUUAAUUUGAUGAUACAGUAAAAUAAUGAACCCCUAUGUCAUCGCGACUGGAGGCUGUCUUACUGUUUUUGUCGAUAUAGAUUUUGAUUGUAUGAUGCAGAUUGCCUUUGACCUUCUAACUUCAUUGAGAAGCAUCUCUGUUUGAUCCGACUGAGGACCAAUAAUCUCUCUGUGUUGUCUCUUGCCCCAUCCUCCCCCUCUUGUCUGUUGUUGUUCUUUGCUGUCAAUCAAAUGCAGCAGGACAGAAAUAACCUGGUAAGUAGAACUGACCAAUGGGAACCCCUCUUCCUCCUUUUUGACCCCUCCCACUCUUACCUGUCAGUUUUAGAGCUCAUGUAACACAUGUUGUGGGAUCCCAUCUCUGUAUUUUGAUUUUUGUCACGGUUUAUGUCAAAGGUUGUGUGUUUUUGUUGGUGUUUGUUAUCAUGACAGUAUUUUUCACCUGGUGGUCAGUGACAUUAAACGUUUGAAUUCAUUAAUACAGUAAAAAAGGUAUUUGUUAAAAAAACAUAUUGUAACAUUGUGAUAGAUAAAAUACAUGCCAUUCAAUACAUGCCAACCCAUACCUACAUGCCAUACCUGACUCUGUUGUACCUUGAACGUUGUCUAGAUCAAGAUCUAUAUGUUCCCCUUGCCAACUCCAUUGCUGUCAUUAUCAAGCCAAAGAUGAGAAUUUGGCAUGACAAUGAUUGACAGGAAAUUGGCCUGAUAGCCUGAGUGCCAGUCAAUUCAUGCUAUUGUGAACGCUGGUGUUAGUGGUGUCAUAAUCAUCGUAGCUGCAGUCAUCCAAUCACAUCGUAUCAUCCACUCAUGUAGAGCAGUUGUCCAACAACGCAGAGUUGACCAUUGGAAAGGUCUAGUGUAGUAGUGACUGCCAUUGUUCUUGGCUGUACUACAGAAUCCCAACCAAAAACCUGUCGUUCUGAGGAAGAGGAGACAGAGGAUCAAGAUCGAAGCCAAUUGGGAGCUCUUCUACUACAGGUACAUUUGGUCACUUACUCACAAAAUGGCCACCUUACUGUCUCUCUUACUAAUAUAGACUUUUGUGUUUUAUCCUCUAUAUAAAAAUGUUUAAUGUUUCUCAGGUUGGAGCAGCCUUCUACUUUAGAGGAUAAAAUAAAUUCAAUCAAUCAAUUCAUGCAUUAAAAGUGAAUAUUUUGAUUUUGGAUAAGUAGUCCCAUCUCCAUCUCUGGUUCUCCGGUGUCCUAGGUUCCAGUUGGACCACGCGCGGUCCAACCUCAUCUGGAAUCUGAAGACGCGGGAGGAGCUGCGGGAUGCUCUGGAGGGAGAGAUGAGGGCCUUCGGCGUGGACCGCGAGCUGGGCAACGCUAGCGUCAUCUCCUGGAACCACCAGGAGUUUGAGGUCAGGGGUCAAACCAAAUUAUGACCAUAUUAUAUUAUGAUCAUUGAUUGAUCGUGUGGAUUGGUAGCUGACUUGUGGUGGGUGUUUGCGUAUGUGUUGCAGGUGAAGUACGAGUGUCUUUCGGAUGAGAUUAAGAUUGGUGAUUAUUACCUGCGUCUGCUGCUGGAAGAGGAUGAGACGGACGAGUCGGGGGCCAUCAAGAGAUCGUAAGACAUCCGCUACCUACAGCACAAUCAGCUAUGUCUAACCCAUCUAAUGAGAAUAUUGCUCUUAAAUCCAAUCGAAAGGAUAAAGUAAAAUGUUCAAAUUGUUACAUUUCCCCAGAGUUUCUUUAGCAAUUUCCCUCCCUCUCGCUCUCGCUCAGGUACGAGUUCUUCAAUGAGCUCUACCACCGUUUCUUGCUCACCCCCAAAGUCUCCAUGAAGUGCCUGUGCCUGCAGGCUCUCACUGUCGUCUAUGGGAAGUGCUGCGAGGAGAUCGGCCCCUUCACCGACACCAAGUACAUCAUGGGCAUGCUGGACCGGGUCAGUGCUGUGGCACACACAAACUGUCAGAGAUCCGUUGGGACAGUUUUGUAAUGGUAACAGUCUCUCUCUCUCCCCCUCUGUAUUUACAGUCUACAGACAAACUGGAAAGAGACAGACUGAUCCUAUUCCUUAACAAACUCAUCCUCAACAAGAAAAAUGUAAAGGAGGUGAUGGACUCCAAUGGAGUCCGUAUCCUAGUGGACCUGCUCACCCUGGCCCACCUACACACCAGCCGAGCCACCGUCCCACUACAGGUAGGUCUUUACAACUGCCCUGUCUGAACCACCCAAAUUGUAGCAUAUUCUUCUCAUCAUGUAUCUAACGUAUGUUUUGAUACAGUUACAGACCAUGGAAGCGUAUAGCUGUCGGAAGUCCAAUAGAAUUUCGACAGCUAUAUGCUUCCAUUACAGGCCAGUCUGUCUGGUUUCAUGUUAAUAACGUACGUCUUUGUCUGUCAGAGCAACGUGAUCGAGGCUGGGGCGGACAUGAAGAGGGAGAGCGAGAAGGAGUGGUACUUUGGGAACGCAGACAAAGAGAGGAGGGGCCCCUUCAGCUUUGAAGAGGUACGUUUCUACUGAAUGCAAAACCAAGACUGAUGCUAAGCUCUACCCCAGGGUUCAUCAACUAGGUUUGGCCUUGGGCCACAUUUUCUCUGAGCUAAUAGUCGGAGGGCCAGAACAUAAUUAGCAUAUCAUAUUAGCACAAUUAAUAGGCCUACACUACAAAUUGAACAAAAUAUUUAACACAUCUGCGUAGUACAUAAUAAAUUCAGUGACAAUAACAUAAUAAUUUCGAUCUGAUUUAAGCUCAUAAAAUCACCAAUGUCUCCAUAAAUAAAAAAUAAAAAAGGUAUGUUUUUCCUCUGUGCGUUGAUUGGUGGGGAAAAACAGGUCUACGUAGCCUACUGUAGUCUACACUACUUUUAUGUCAACAUUUGUUCAGAACAAUUAGCUUGAUAGCAAGAGAAAAUGUUGCUCUCAAAAAGUAUCAAAAGAAAGGUGGAUAAUAAAAAUUGAAGUUUCAUGGAUGGACAGAGAUAUGCCUUCAUCUUACCACCUUUCUCCAAAGCCAAGCCACUGUGUCUUAUUUGCAAUGAAAAUGUCGCUGUUUUGCAAAGAAUUCAAUCUCAGACGGCUUUAUGAAUCUAAGCAUGGUACUUUCAAAGUGGCCUUCCCGCUCCAGACAGAGGCCCGACGCAGAAACAUUUAAGCACUAACUGUAAGCUACACACACAGCAGAAGAAUCCUCCUUCGUGGCCUGACCCAACAACAGAAGGUCACAAGUGCCUCCCUAAAAGCGUCCUGGGUUCUAACCAAACACAACAUGCCCUUCACAGAUGCAGAGGUAUUUAAAAAGUGCAUGUUGACAGUUUUGGAGGAAUUGGUUACCGACAAGUCUAUGGAUAGCAUAAUUGCGUCUGUCAAACAGGUGCCCAUGUCUGCGUCAACAGCCGGCCGCAGCGUCCAUGCACUAUAAUAAUAAUAAUAUGCCAUUUAGCAGACGCUUUUAUCCAAAGCGACUUAGUCAUGCGUGCAUACAUUUUUUUGUGAAUGGGUGGUCCCGGGGAUCGAACCCACUACCUUGGCGUUACAAGUGCCGUGCUCUACCAGCUGAGCUACUGAGGACCACCAUGCACUGGUGGAUGAUGUGCAUAGGAUUGUUCUGGAGGGGCUCAGUCAGGCUGAGCAUUUUUCCCUGGCUAGUGAUGAGAGUACUGACAACACCAAUGUAGCACAAUUGUGUGUGUAUAUGUCCGUUAUUUUCAUGGAAAUGACUUUAAAGAAGAGCUACUGCCACUGAUUCCCCUCGAAGGACACACCACUGGGGACAUCCUAUUCACAAAGCUGGAAGAAUUGUUUACGCAACAUGGCCUGUCAUUCGAAAAAGUCAACUUUGUGGUCACCGACAGGGCUCCUGCUAUGGUGAGUAGACACAGGGGCCUGGUCAGCAGGUUGAAGGAAAUUGCCCCACAAAUGAAUGGCUUGCAUUGUCUCAUCCAUCAAGAGUGGCCUGUGUGCCAGACUAAACAGUGAGCUAAAAGAUGUGAUGGAUAAAGUAAUGCGCAUAAUCAACUUUGUCAGGGAGACCUCACGCACCCAAGAACGUAUUUUCCGCAAGCUUGUGACAGAAUCAGAGGCGGCCACCCACGAUGAUCUCCUUUCACAACGACGUGCGCUGGCUGAGUAAAGGAAAAACUCUAGAACGAUUCUGUGAACUACAUGACCAGGUUGUGGAUUUUCUCAGAAAAAGCCAAAUGAGGGCAGCAGUUGACCGCCUUCGUAUUCUGGAAAUUGAGGAAUUCCUCUCUGUUGCUUUUUUGGCUGACAUAUUCUGUCACUUAAACGGGUUAAAUCUGCGGUUACAAGGAGGAGGGACAGCAGUCGUGGACAUGGUGGAACAACUUGAGGCCUUUACUAAGAAGCUUGAGUUGUUCUAUUUGGACUUGUCAUCCGGAAGGCUACUGCACUUCAGCACACUGAAGAAACGACAGGCAGAGGGACCAGGCCGCAGCAUUGUCAGAGAUGGAAGAUUUCAUCUAGCAGCUGAGGGACAACUUCUCCACCAGAUUUGAAGACUACAGCGUGACCAAGGAUAUCAUUGCGUUUGUACGUGAUCCAUUCACAGUCCGCCCAGGUGGAGAAUUCUCCUCUCUUGCUAAGAAAACGAUACCCUCGCUGGAACUGGCCGCAAUUCAAACUGAGCUGGGCGGACUGUGCAACUUUCCCGUUAAGUAAGUAACUUAGUAUUUAAUAAAUAGUCAUAGGCUACUGACAUUAUUGUGAUUAUUAUUAGUGGUUAUCCAGGGAUAUUUUAGGUCUCAUGCUGACAGUAUUUUCUGUUUUGUUUUGUCAUUACAGUAGCAGGUUAUCCCGAGACUCCCGAUACAGACAUUCAGACACAGACAUCGCCUUUUUUUCUUUAAAUGAUUGUUUUAUGUAGGAUGCAACCUUUUUGGCCAGUUGCAAUUGUAAGUAGGCCUAAUAAAUAAAUAAAUAAAUAAAUCCCACUUCUAUUAGGCCUUUUUUAUUUUACAACUGCGACCUGGCCAAGAUAAAGCAAAGCAGUGCGGAAUAAACAAAACGUACAGCCAAUAACACAAUAGAACAUCUAUAUACAGUGUGUGCAAAUGUAGUAAGUUAUGGAGGUAAGGCAAUAAAUAGGCCAUAGUGUUAAAAUUAUUACAAUUAUAAUUUAGUAUUAACACUGGAAUGAUAUAUGCAGAAGAUGAUGUGCAGAUAGAGAUACUGGGGUGCAAAUGAGCAAAAUAAAUAACAAUGUAAAUUACAAUAUGGGGAUGAGGUAGUUGGGUGGGCUAAUUACAGAUGGGCUGUGUACAGGUGCAGUGAUUGGUAAGCUGCUCUGACAACUGAUGCUUAAAGAGUGAUGGAGAUAAGUGUCUCCAGCUUCAGAGAUUUUUGCAGUUCGUUCCAGUCAUUUGCAGCAGAGAACUGGAAGGAAUGGCGACCAAAGGAGGUGUUGGCUUUGGGGAUGACCAGUGAGAAAUACCUGCUGGAACGCAUACUACGGGUGGGUGUUGCUAUGGUGACCAAUGAGCUAUGAUAAGGCGGGGAUUUGCCUAGAAGGGAUUUAUAGAUGACCUGGAGCCAGUGGGUUUGGCGACAAAUAUGUAGUGAGGGCCAGCCAACGAGAGCGUACAGGUCACAAUGGUGGGUAGUAUAUGGGGCUUUGGUGACAAAACGGAUGGCACUGUGAUAGACUACAUCCAAUUUGCUGAGUAGAGUGUUGGAAGCUAUUUUGUAAAUGACAUCGCCGAAGUCAAGGAUCGGUAGGAUAGUCAGUUUUACGAGGGCAUGUUUAGCAGCAUGAGUGAAGGAGGCUUUGUUGCGAAAUAGGAAGCCGAUUCUAGAUUUAACUUUGGAUUGGAGAUGCUUAAUGUGAGUCUGGAAGGAGAGUUUACAGUCUAACCAGACACCUAGGUAUUUGUAGUUGUCCACAUAUUCUAAGUCAGAGCCGGCGAGAGUAGUGAUUCUAGUCGGGCAGGCAGCGUUCGAUUGAAGAGCAUGCAUUUAGUUUUACUACCGUUUAAGAGCAGUUGGAGGCCAUUGAAGCGGAGGUUUGUUAACACAGUGUCCAAUGAAGGGCCAGAUGUAUACAAAAUGGUGUCGUCUGCGUAGAGGUGGAUCUGAGAGUCACCAGCAGCAAGAGCGACAUCAUUGAUAUACACAGAGAAUAGAGUCGGCCCGAGAAUUGAACCCUGUGGCACCUCCAUAGAGACUGCCAGAGGUCCAGACAACAGGCCCUCCGAUUUGACACAUUGAACUCUAUCUGAGAAGUAGUUGGUGAACCAGGCGAGGCAGUCAUUUGAGAAACCAAGGCUAUUUAGUCUGCCAAUAAGAAUGCGGUGAUUGACAGAGUCCAGAUUGUCUAGCCCAGCUGAUUUGUAGUGGUCCAGAUUUUGCAGCUCUUUCAGAACAUCAGCUAUCUGAAUUUGGGUGAAGGAGAAGCGGGGGGGGGGCAUGGGCAAGUUGCAGCGGAGGGUGCAGAGCUGGUGGCCGGGGUAGGGGUAGCCAGGUGGAAAGCAUGGCCAGCCGUAGCAAAAUGCUUGUUGAAAUGUUUGAUUAUCGUAGAUUUAUCGGUAGUGACAGUGUUUCCUAGCCUCAGUGCAGUGGGCAGCUGGGAGUAGGUGCUCUUAUUCUCCAUGGACUUUACAGUGUCCCAAAACUCUUUGGAGUUAGUACUGCAGGAUGCAAAUUUCUGUUUGAAAAAGUUAGCCUUUGCUUUCCUAACUGAUUGUGUAUAUUGGUUCCUGACUUCCCUGAAAAGUUGCAUAUCGCGGGGGCUGUUCGAUGCUAAUGCCGUACGCCACAGGAUGUUUUUGUGCUGGUCAAGGGCAGUCAAGUCUGGGGUGAACCAGGGGCUGUUCUUAGUUCAGAAUGUUUUGAAUGGGCCAUGCUUAUUUAAGAUGGAGAGGAAAGCACUUUUAAAGAAUAACCAGGCAUCUACUGACGGAAUGAGGUCAAUAUCCAUCCAGGAUGCCCGGGACAGGUCAAUUAGAAAGGCCUGCUCGCUGAAGUGUUUUAGGGAGCGUUUGACAGUGAUGAGGGGUGGUCGUUUGACCGCGGACCCAUUACGGACGCAGGCAAUGAGGCAGUGAUCCUGGUUAAAGACAGCAGAGGUGUAUUUAGAGGGUAAAUUAGUCAGGAUGAUAUCUAUGAGAGUGCCCAUGUUAACGGAUUUAGGGUUGUACCUGGUAGGUUCCUUGAUAAUUUGUGUGAGAUUGAGGGCAUCUAGUUUAGAUUGUAGGACGGCCGGGGUGUUAAGCAUAUCCCAGUUUAGGUCACCAAGCAAUACUACUCUGAGGAUAGAUGGGGGGCAAUCAAUUCACAUAUGGUGUUCAGGGCUGAGGGGGGUCUGUAGCAAGCAGCAACAGUGAGAGACUUAUUUCUGGAAAGGUGGAUUUUUAGAAGUAGAAGCUCAAACUGUUUGGGCACAGACCUGGAUAGUAUGAUAGAGCUAUGCAGGCUAUCUCUACAGUAGAUUGCAACUCCGCCCCCUUUGGCAGUUCUAUCUAGACGGAAAAUGUUGUAGUUGGGAAUGGACAUUUCAGAAUGUUUGGUGGCCUUCCUAAGCCAGGAUUCAGACACUGCUAGAACAUCAGGUUUGGCUGAGUGUGCUAACGCAGUGAAUAACUCAAACUUAGGGAGAUGGCUUCUGAUGUUAACAUGCAAGAAACCUGGUCUUCUAGUGCGUUGGGUACAGAGAAAAAAAGGGGGCGAUUUCCGGAAUAGAUUCAGGGCAUUAUGUACAGACAAGGAUAUGGAAGGAUAUGAGUACAGUGGAGGUAAACCUAAGCGUUGGGUAAAGAUGAAAGAGAUAGCAUCACUGGAGGCACCGAUUGAGCCGGUCUCCGCGUGUGUGGGGGGUGGGACAAAGUAUAUAUCUGAGACAGGUUGAGCAGGACUGGGGGCUCUACAUUGAAAAAGUAUAGUUAGAACUAACCGAAAUAGCAAUAGGCAAGGCAUAUUGACAUGGGAGAUAGGCAUAAAGCAGUCACAGGUGUUAUUCGAGAGAGCUAAGACAACAGCUGGUAAUGGCGACGAAAGUUUGAGCUGAGGCUAAACAGAUCAACAGGAUGGGUUACCGUAUAAAGGAACAGUCCAGCAGGCAUCAGCUGUGUAGCUGAGUGAUCAUAAGGUCCGGUGAACAGCAAUAAGUAAGUCCGGGAGCAGUUCAGUGGCUGCUACGCUACAGGCGAGCUGGAGGGACGGCUGUUGAUUGCGUGUGCUAGCGGGCUGGGGCUAGCAGAUGGUUCUUCGUGGUCGUCGCAACGGGAAGCCUGUUGAAACCACAUCAGACGAUUACGUCGGCAGACCAGUCGUGAUGGAUCGGCGGGGCUCCGUGUCAACACUAGGAGGUCCCGUCCGGUUGACAGAGAGGUAGAUAGCCGGGAGAUGGGCCUGGCUCGAGGCUAGCUCAAGGCUAACUGGGGUUAGCUUCAGGGCAGUGGUGAUUAGCCAACAACGACAACAGCCAUUUGGUUGCAGCUAGCUACUUGCGAUGAUCUGGUGUUAAGGUCCAGUGAUUCAGUGAUUCCGGCAGAAAAUCCAAUAUGCUCUUGCUCGAUAGCGCGAUGUUGAUUGCGCUGCGGUUGCAGCUUUACGUUUCAGCACCACAAAUGGUCCGCUGCCUGCUUUAUUAGUUGACUGUCUCCUGCAUUCUCACUCCUCAUUAAUUAAGUUAAAAUGUAACUUUUGCAUUAUUUAGGUAGGGUCACUUCCUUCUUGGGACAUUGCAUUUGGGACUUUUUGCAUCUCAGGUCCAAGAUCAUUUUAUUUAAUGAAAAAAAUAUUCAUAAUUGCUUUGGGGGGCCAAAUAAUAUUGCCAUAUUUGGCCCGCGGGCCCCCAGUUGGGGAACUCUGCUCUACCCCAAUAGGUCUGUUUCUCUUGAUCCAGUGCCAUUGAUUAGGUCUUUUUUGGUAUCCAAGACAAUGUUCAUUUUGUAACAUCGGUGAACUAUCCGUAAGUAUGCUAUCUUGAUGACUGAAGAUAUCCACAUUUCGCCCAUCAGAUGCAGGAGUUCUGGAGCAAGGGCGUGCUAACGGCCAAGACGCGGUGCUGGGCCCAGGGCAUGGAUGGCUGGCGCCCCCUGCAGGCCAUCCCGCAGCUCAAGUGGUGCCUGCUGGCCAGUGGACAGGCGGUGAUGAACGAGACGGACCUGGCCACGCUCAUCCUCAAUAUGCUCAUCACCAUGUGCUCCUACUACCCCAGCAGGUAGGGAGAAGAUCCUCAGUUAUAACUCUUUUUUUUAACUGUCUCUUUCUUCUCUCUCACUCGACCAUCCCCCUCUCUCUCUUUUGCUGACACAAAGUUGAAAAUGUGAAAAUGUGUCUGUCUUUCCCCAGGGACCAGGACAAUGCCAUUAUUCGUCCCUUACCCAAGAUCAAGAGAAUGGUCAGCGACAACACCUGCCUCCCUCACAUUGUCCAGGUGAGCAGAACCAGCCUAUUAUUAGGUCUAUCCUUCCUACCUCAAUGGGACUUCCUGGUUAAAUAAAGGUCAAAUGUGUAAUAUUUCCUCUCUUCACCUCCCUAUAUAAAAAAUACCCUGAUGAAGGUUGCUUGAGACCAAAACGUUGGUCAAAUAAGAUCCAUUCAAUUGUUGGAAUCAACAUUAAAAGUGAGCUGGAUAAAAAAAUAUAUUUAAAAAAUUGAGCAAAUGUCAUGUUUUCUGUUCCCUUCUCCAAUCAGCUUCUACUGACCUUUGACCCCAUCCUAGUGGAGAAGGUGGCCAACGUGCUGUACCUGGUGAUGCAGGAUAACCCCAACCUGCAGCGCCUCUACCUCACCGGCAUCUUCUUCUUCAUCAUGAUGUACACCGGCUCCAACGUGCUGCCUGUGGCCAGGUCCGAGAUGCACAUGUACACACACGCAUGUCAUACACACACAUGCGCACUAACACUUUGCUCUUCAGAUAGGUCUUUUAAGUUGUGCGUUUGGACUCUGUCACAUCUUGUGUUUUUCUUUAGGUUCCUGAAGUACUGUCACCUGAAGCAGGCCUUCAAGUCAGAGGAGGCCAAAGGUACAGAUAUCGUCCAGCGCAGUGUGCUGGGGCCGGUGCUGCCUGAGGCCAUGGUGUGUUACCUGGAGAACUACGAGGCAGAACGCUUCUCUGAGAUCUUCCUGGGAGAGUUUGACACGCCGGAGGCCAUCUGGAGCAGCGAGAUGAGGUAGACACAAGCUGUCUGUCUGGGGGGAGGUCUAACAAUUGUUUUGAAGAAGAUUUUUCUAUAAGUUUGUCUACAUCUACCUCUUGUGUGUUGGUUUGUGUGUCUGAUGUGUGUGUCAUCCCCCCUGCCCCCCUCCAGGCGGAUGAUGAUUGAGAAAAUUGCGACCCACCUGGCUGACUUCAGCCCACGGCUGUACAGCAACACACGGGCCCUCUACCAGUACUGCCCCAUCCCUGUAGUCAGCUUCCCCCAGCUGGAGAACGAGCUCUUCUGCAACAUCUACUACCUCCGACACCUGUGUGACGCCAACCGCUUCCCCAACUGGCCCAUCCGAGAGCCCGUAUGUUCAAUGUCUGUAUGUGUGGGGGGGGGGGGGGGGUAUUGACUGUGUGAGUCUUGAGAGAAGGGGCUUGUGAAAGGUUGAUUUGAAGUUGCUUGAAGUGAAAGUGUGUAUGAAAGGUGUUAGUGUAUGAGCGAGAUGGAGACUGUUAAUAGUGCUCUGUGUUGUUGUCUGCCACCUGCAGGUGAAGCUGCUGAAAGACACCCUGGAGGCCUGGAAGAGGGAGGUGGAGAAGAAGCCUCCCUCCAUGUCUGUGGACGACGCCUACGAAGUCCUCAACCUGCUCAAGGGACAGGGACAGUAAGUGGCCUUGCAAACAUAAAGAAGAAGCUUCUCCCUCUCCUCUACAAGAGGUCUAUCGGUACUCUGUAUAUGGAAUAUGUUUGAUUUUGGUUUCUCCACAGACACGAGGAGAGUAAGAUCAGGAAGGCCUACUUCAGACUGGCCCAGAAGUACCAUCCGGACAAGAACCCAGAGGGCAGGGUACGUUACGUCACCAUUUCUGCACCCUAUUUCCUACGUAGUGCACUAUAUAGGGAAUUAGGUGCCAUUUGGGACACAGACAUCAUCCGAGUUUGAGGAGUUUUCCAUCCCUGUCUUGACGCAUUACCUUCAUUGUUCAGAGGGGUGUGUGUUAAUAACUGUCUCUGUGUGUUCAGGAUAUGUUUGAGAAGGUCAACAAGGCCUAUGAGUUCCUGUGCACCAAGUCGUCCCGCAUCAUCGACGGCCCCGACCCCGAGAACAUCAUCCUCAUUCUCAAAGCCCAGAGCAUCCUCUUCAACAGACACAAACAAGGUCUGGCACUAAUACUCUCUGCAGUUUUCUCCACUGUCUGUAGUUAUGUUAUACGCAUCAAAAGUGAAUACACAUGGAAGGUGCGUCACAAUCGCUAAAUGUAAACACAAUUAGAGACACCAUCAUUUUUGGAGGCAUGAUAUUGACGUGGCAGUGUUGCUGUAGCUAGCAAAAGAGUGUAGGAGCAAUCGCUAACUAGCUGUAUAAAAAAAAUAUUUAAAAAAUCCAUUGGCUGGUUUGCUAAGCGUCUGGGUCAUUAGCCACCGCAAAUCUCUUUGCUAGCAAACGUGACGCUGUCUCCAAAACUGCAAGGUGUCUCCAGUAGUGUUUACUUUUUGACACUUUUGAUACUUUCCAAGAGUAUUAUUAAUGUAAACUGUUGUUGUCCUCUUGUCAACAGAACUUGAACCCUACAAGUACGCCGGCUACCCCAUGCUCAUCAAGACCAUCACCAUGGAGACGGGUGAUGAGCAGCUGUUCUCCAAGACUUCCCCCCUGCUCCCGGCUGCAAUCGAGCUGGCCUUCCACACGGUCAACUGCUCCGCCCUAAACGCUGAGGAAUUACGCAGAGAAAGCGGCAUUGAGGUAUAACUAACAACACUACUGGCUAUUCGGAUAUCAUGAUCAUAUUCAUUAGGCACCAAACGGAAGUAAACGGACUGAAACAGGGAGUUGUCCAAUAAGAAAUGCUAGUUUUCCUUUUCCAUUGCAAAAAGUGUUGCUAUGUUUUGAAACAGUGUGCACUAAUGAAUACGACUCAGAUACUACUGUUGCAACAAUAUUCACCUUUUCUGAUCGACAUUCCUACAUUCAUACUUUCAUGGUUUAUAACAUGAUCUAAAAAAAGUAUCCCCCACCCUUUCCGCCAGAUUCUGUUGGACGCCCUAUCCCGGUGUGUCGCUGUUUUAACCGCUUCCAGCAAGUCUGAUGACAUGGCUGUUCAAGUAAGACCACCAGAUCCACAGUGUAGAGCCGUGGCCGAGACACAUAUACGAUUCCCCCACCGGAGACUGGGGUUCAUUCCUCGUGUCUACCCUUUCCACUGUUUCUGUCUUCCCCUCUAAUUUCCUUACUGUCUGAAUAAAGUGUAAAAUCCCCUUUUAUUUAUAUAUAUAUACAUAUAUAUUAGAAUACAGUGCUAAUAAUGUGACAUAGAUGUUUGUGGAUGUUGUGUAUUCUUAAAUAAAUAUAUAUAUAUAUAUAUACACACACACACACUACCGUUCAAAAGUUUGGGGUCACUCAGAAAUAUCCUUGUUUUCGAAAGAAAAGCAAUUUUGUUGUCUAUUAAAAUAACAUCAAAUUCAUCAGAAAUACAGUGUAGACAUUGUUAAUGUUGUAAAUGGCUAUUGUAUCUGGAAACGGAAUAUCUACAUAGGCGUACAGAGGCCCGUUAUCAGCAACCAUCAGUCCUGUGUUCCAAUGGCACGUUGUGUUUGCUAAUCCAAGUUGAUCAUUUUAAAAGCCUAAUUGAUCAUUAGAAAACCAUUUAGCAAUUAUGUUAGCACAGCUGAAAACUGUUGUGCUGAUUUAAAGAAGCAAUAAAACUGGCCUUCUUGAGACUAGUUGAGUAUCUGGAGCAUCAGCAAUUGUGGGUUCGAUUACAGGCUCAAAAUGGCCAGAAACAAAGCGACUCCGGGAUGCUGACCUUCUAGGCAGAUUUGCAAAGAAAAAGCCAUAUCUCAGACUGGCCAAUAAAAAGAAAAGAUUAAGAUGGGCAGUCUGAGAUAUGGCUUUUUCUUUGCAACUCUGCCUAGAAGGUCAGCAUCCCGGAGUCGCCUCUUCACUGUUGACGUUGAGACUAGUGUUUUGUGGGUACUAUUUAAUUAAGCUGCCAGUUGAGGGACCUGUGAGGCGUCCGUUUGUCAAACUAGACACUCUAAUGUAUAUGUCCUCUUGCUCAGUUGUGCACUGGGGCCUCCCACUCCUCUUUCUAUUCUGGUUAGAGCCAGUUUGCGCUGUUCUGUGAAGGGAGUAGUACACAGCGUUGUACGAGAUCUUCAGUUUCUUGGCAAUUUAUCGCAUGGAUAGCCUUAAUUUCUCAGAACAAGAAUAGACUGACGAGUUUCAGAAGAAAGUUCUUUGUUUCUGGCAAUUUUGAGCCUGUAAUCGAACACACAAUUGCUGAUCCUCCAGAUACUCAACUAGUCUCAAGAAGGCCAGUUUUAUUGCUUCUUUAAUCAGCACAACAGUUUUCAGCUGUGCUAACAUAAUUGCAAAAGGGUUUUCUAAUGAUCAAUUAGUCUUUUAAAAUGAUCACCUUGGAUUAGCAAACACAACAUGCCAUUGGAACACAGGACUGAUGGUUGCUGAUAAUGGGCCUCUGUACGCCUAUGUAGAUAUUCCAUUAAAAAUCAGCAGUUUCCAGCUACAAUAGCCAUUUACAACAUUAACAAUGUCUACAUUGUAUUUCUGAUCAAAUUGAUGUUAUUUUAAUGGACAAAAAAAUUGCUUUUCUUUCAAAAACAAGGAACUUUCUAAGUGACCCCAAACUUUUGAACGGUAGUGUAUAUAUACAUAUAUAUUAGAAUACAGUGCUAAUAAUGUGACAUAGAUGUUUGUGGAUGUUGUGUAUUCAUAUAUAUGUAAGCAUACACAACAUCCACAAACAUCUAUGUCACAUUAUUAGCACUGUAUUCUAACCCAUACAUGUCUGGCUGGACAUUAGUGGUUCAGUGUUGAAAGGGGCUGAGUUGUGUUGCCUGUGCCUAGGUGUGCGGCCAGGUGUGUAAGUGCUACAGUGUAGCGGCUCAGUUUGAGGAGUGCCGGGAGAAGAUAAUCGAGCUCCCUAACAUCAUCAGGGACCUGUGUCACGUGCUCUACUAUGGGAAGGUGAGAUCUCUACUUAAUCAUGUAACAACAGCCUUGUAUCGCUGGCUCUGUAUACACUGUGAUACCACUCCAUCAUCCAAUGCAGAAAGGGCAAACAUAAAAAUAAAAAUAAAGAGAUUUUAAAAUUGAGCCUAUACAUUAAAUUGAAAGCAAUUUCUCUUGUACUCUCUCAGGGUCUCCCGCGGACGGCGGCGCUGGCUGUGCAGUGCGUCAGCUCCUUCGCUGUGGAUUACUUCCUGCAGACGCACCUGUACCAUGCCGGCGUGCUCUGGCACCUCCUGGUGCACCUGUUCAACUACGACUACACGCUGGAGGAGAGUGGCGUGGCCACCAGCCAGGACACCAACCAGCAGGAGGUGGCCAACAGCCUGGCCAAGCUUAGCCUAGUGGCCCUUAGCCGUCUGGGAGGCUACACCCCGCCACCCCCACCCCCCGGAGAGGGAGGUGUAGUGGAGACUAACGGGGUGGAGGGGCAACCCCCGGAGAACCCGACGAUUCGUAAGAGCCUGGCAGCCAUGCUCACCCCCUAUAUUUCAAAGAGGUUAGGGUCGGUGGCACCGGCUGAGGUUAGUGAUAUGGGAAACUGUAAAAGGUAGAUAUGCAGAUUAGACACAAUAACACACAUACUCAUAGACCCACUAGUUAAAACACUCUUGACGAUAUACUAUGAUAUGCCACACUUCACACACACAUUCACUCAUGCUUCUGUUUCCAUGUCUACUAGGUGUUGAAGCUGCUGAACAGUAACUCCGAGAACCCCUACCUUAUCUGGAACAACGGGACCCGGGCCGAGCUGCUGGAGUUCCUAGAGGACCAGCAGGAGGCCAACAUCAGGAGGGUGAGCAGAGCAGAGCACACGGACUGGCUCUAUCAUAUGUUUCAGCAUGGACGUCCGUUAUCGCGGUAGAAUUGGGUCGUGUUCAUUAGGCACCAUACAAAAGAAAAUGGUCUGAAAUGUGGAGGGACUACCCAAUUAGAAACUCUUGUUUUCCGUUGCAGUGUUUUGGAAUGUUUUCUAUUGCAUGCCCUAAUGAACAUGACUCUGUAUUAUUGGGCAUCCUGUGUUGUGAGUAUAGUCAUGUCUCUCUCUGUCCUAGGGGGAGAACGAUAAGAGCUUUGGCUCAGAGUUUGUGUUCAGCGACCACGGUAAAGAGCUGAUCGUGGGCGAGAUCUUUGUCAGGGUCUACAACGAGCAGCCUGCCUAUCCUCUGGAGGUGAGCCCCAACACUCGGUGUAGCGUUUGACCUUGCCCCAUACUCCUCCCAGUUACUGUCAACCACUGUUCAAGCAAAUUGCUACUAACAACAUUGUAGUCAUUGUCAUGUUCAUAGUCAUGUCAUUAAGUAGCACUCAGUCACGGUAAUCCAUUUGCUUCAUGCAGCUCACAGUAAUAUCUGAAAACCUGCAGGUAAUUAUCUGGUAAUACCUAGGUAUUUAGCUACAAUAAUAUCAUUAAAUAGAACGCUAGUAAUUUGUUGUAUUUCCAUUGCUAUAUCCAUCCAUAGAUUUAGUUUGAAACGCCAGAUACAAGGUGUUAUAAGCUGUAUUAUAAGCCUAUAACCAUGUCUCCCUGGUCUCCAUGGUCCAGUACCCCAAGGCGUUUUCAGCCAGCCUGCUGGACUACGUGGGCUCCCAGGCCCAGUACCUCACCACCCUGCUGGCCAUGUCCCAGAGCAACAAGGUGGAGUCCCAGCAGCAUGCCGAGAGGCUCCGCUGGGCCGAGAUGGCCCUGGAGGCCCUCCGCAACGUCAUCAAGAACAACCCAGGUACACAACAACCUACUUCUAUGAUUUCUACAGUCACCCCUACUACUACUGCAGUCAAAACGACUACUACCAUUUAUCCCACUACUAUGAAAAGUAUGUUUUAAGAUUGCUGAAGCAAGCACACACAUUUUGCUUUAGGAGAGUUAAGAAAUGCCCCUCCUAGUAGUUUUUUGAACUGUCUUCGUUGCCUUUUCUCCUCACCUGAGCUAACUGAAAGUGUGCUCAUUGGUCUUUGUGGUUUGCUGACUUGACUCUUUGUGACCCCCAGGUUCGGAGACGGAGUGCAUCGGCCAUUUCAAGCUGCUGUUCUCCUUGUUACGGGUUCAUGGGGCUGGGAAGGUACAGCAGCUAGCACUGGAGGUAAAACAGAACUAAAAUAUUCAUUGUUUUAUUUCAUUAUUGACUGAAUUUGUUAUAGAACAUUUAGUAGAACACUUUCAUGUGAUAUCCUGUGGGACACAUACAGUGGGGAAAAAAAGUAUUUAGUCAGCCACCAAUUGUGCAAGUUCUCCCACUUAAAAAGAUUAGAGAGGCCUGUAAUUUUCAUCAUAGGUACACGUCAACUAUGACAGACAAAUUGAGAAGAAAAAAAUCCAGAAAAUCACAUUUUUUUAUGAAUUUAUUUGCAAAUUAUGGUGGAAAAUAAGUAUUUGGUCACUUACAAACAAGCAAGAUUUCUGGCUCUCACAGACCUGUAACUUCUUCUUUAAGAGGCUCCUCUGCCCUCCACUCGUUACCUGUAUUAAUGGCACCUGUUUGAACUUGUUAUCAGUAUAAAAGACACCUGUCCACAACCUCAAACAGUCACACUCCAAACUCCACUAAGACCAAAGAGCUGUCAAAGGACACCAGAAACAAAAUUGUAGACCUGCACCAGGCUGGGAAGACUGAAUCUGCAAUAGGUAAGCAGCUUGGUUUGAAGAAAUCAACUGUGGGAGCAAUUAUUAGGAAAUGGAAGACAUACAAGACCACUGAUAAUCUCACUCGAUCUGGGGCUCCACGCAAGAUCUCACCCCGUGGGGUCAAAAUGAUCACAAGAACGGUGAGCAAAAAAUCCCAGAACCACACGGGGGGACCUAGUGAAUGACCUGCAGAGAGCUGGGACCAAAGUAACAAAGCCUACCAUCAGUAACACACUACGCCGCCAGGGACUCAAAUCCUGCAGUGCCAGACGUGUCCCCCUGCUUAAGCCAGUACAUGUCCAGGCCCGUCUGAAGUUUGCUAGAGUGCAUUUGGAUGAUCCAGAAGAGGAUUGGGAGAAUGUCAUAUGGUCAGAUGAAACCAAAAUAGAACAUUUUGGUAAAAACUCAACUUGUCGUGUUUGGAGGACAAAGAAUGCUGAGUUGCAUCCAAAGAACACCGUACCUACUGUGAAGCAUGGGGGUGGAAACAUCAUGCUUUGGGGCUGUUUUUCUGCAAAGGGACCAGGACGACUGAUCCGUGUAAAGGAAAGAAUGAAUGGGGCCAUGUAUCGUGAGAUUUUGAGUGAAAACCUCCUUCCAUCAGCAAGGGCAUUGAAGAUGAAACGUGGCUGGGUCUUUCAGCAUGACAAUGAUCCCAAACACACCGCCCGGGCAACGAAGGAGUGGCUUCGUAAGAAGCAUUUCAAGGUCCUGGAGUGGCCUAGCCAGUCUCCAGAUCUCAACCCCAUAGAAAAUCUUUGGAGGGAGUUGAAAGUCCGUGUUGCCCAGCGACAGCCCCAAAACAUCACUGCUCUAGAGGAGAUCUGCAUGGAGGAAUGGGCCAAAAUACCAGCAACAGUGUGUGAAAACCUUGUGAAGACUUACAGAAAACGUUUGACCUGUGUCAUUGCCAACAAAGGGUAUAUAACAAAGUAUUGAGAAACUUUAUUUUCCACCAUAAUUUGCAAAUAAAUUCAUUAAAAAUCCUACAAUGUGAUUUUCUGGAUUUUUUUUUCUCAUUUUGUCUGUCAUAGUUGACGUGUACCUAUAAUGAAAGUUACAGGCCUCUCUCAUCUUUUUAAGUGGGAGAAUUGCACAAUUGGUGGCUGACUAAAUACUUUUUUCCCCCCACUGUAUAUACUUGCAAACGUAUCUGUUUUCGAAAUCAACCAAUCAAUCAGCCCAUAUGCAUGCACUGUAUAUUUCAAUCCCUGACCUGAGACCUGUUUUUGUGUCCUCCCUAAGGUUGUGAACACAGUUACCUCCAACCAGGACUGUGUGGCCAACAUCGCUGAGUCCCUGGUGCUGUCCAACUUACUGGUGCUACUGCACUCUCUGCCCUCAAGUAAGACCACAGAACACCUACUGCAUCUAGUCCUUUCUGCUAGCUAUAUACACUUUUAUUCAAAAAUGACCUGUCUGAUUUUCUGUAUCCCUUUCAGGCCGGCAGCUUGUACUGGAAACUUUAUACGCCUUGACCUCCAACACCAAGAUAGUCAAAGAAGCUAUGACUAAGGGUCAGUAUUAUGCCGAUUUAUUGUUAGUUCUUGAAUAUACAGUAUAAUAUUCUGUUGUGUAUAUGGGCUUAUAUCAUCGUCUGUUGCCAUGGGUAACCGUCCCUCUUUCCCUCCCUCUCUCCUCCAGGUGCGUUGAUCUACCUACUGGACCUCUUCUGUAACUCCACCCACCCCCAGGUGCGCUCCCAGACGGCCGAGCUCUUCUCCAAAAUGACCUCUGACAAGCUGGUGGGGCCCAAGGUGAGGCAGUGUCCCUGUGUGGAGGAUGAAAGGGAGAGACCUAUCCCUCUGUAGAGACUACUUUAGUACUGCGUCCCAAAUGGCAACCUAUUCCCUAUUUAGUGAAUAGGGAAAAGUAGUGCUCUAAAUAGGAACUAGGGUGCCAUUUGGAAGUAUUUUUGCCCUCACUCAUUCUCUGUCCCACAUCUUCUGUCCUCUCUCUCCCUCAUCCCUCUCUCUCUCAGGUGCGUCUGACUCUGAUGCGCUUCCUGCCGGGCGUGUUCAUGGAUGCCAUGCGGGACAACGCGGAGGCAGCAGUGCACAUCUUCGAGGGGACGCACGAGAACCCGGAGCUCAUCUGGAACGACGGCUCCCGGGAGACUGUCUCCACCACUGUCCGGGAGAUGAUGCUUGAGUACGCAACCACCUUUCUCUCGCUCUCUCACACACACACACACACACACACCAUGUGGCUUUGUAGUCGUUAGGCCCUAAAUUGUUCCUGACCCUGAAAGUGUUGACAUAAUGACAGCACAAUAUUUAGCUGUGAAAUGAUGUAAUACACCAUUUAUACUGUAUAUUUGAUUUGUGUCUUUUGUACGAUAUAUUCCUCCUUAUCCUCUGCAGGCACUUCAAACAGCAAAAGGAUAAUCCUGAUGUCAACUGGAGAGUAAGUGUAUCCAUAUUCAAUGUAAUGCUGUUCUGUAUGUUGUGGAUUUCAUCGUAGGCCUACAGAGAAUAAGAAUAAACGCUCAAACAACAAAAUAAUCACAUGGGAUGCCAUUGUACUAAUGUUUAUGAUAUACGGUGUGUUGACAGCUGCCAGAGGAGUUCACGGUGGCGUAUGGGGCGGGGCAGGGUGAGCUGGCGGUGGGCGGAGUCUUCCUACGUAUCUUCAUCGCUCAGCCAGGCUGGGUGCUGCGCAAACCCAGAGAGUUCCUAGUGUCCCUCCUGGAGACCCUUACUGAGCUGUACGAGAAAAACAACCCCAAUGUGAGUACACACACGUGUUCAUCUCCUUGCGACCAUGAGAUUAUCUCGCUGAGUGAAUUUAAAGCACAUUUGGUACACACACACACUUCCUGUAACUGAGCAGAAAAAAAUAUCUAUUGUCAUCUCAUAGAAUUCCCUGUAUCUCCAUUUUGGUUUGAUAAACCUUUCGCUGCUCGUUUCUAACAGGGUGAGGCCCUGGAGACUGUUACCACGGCGGCGGUGUGUUUGUUCAGCACCCAGACCCAGCUGUGUGACCAGGUCCCUCCCCUGGGCCACCUGCCUCGCAUCCUGGCUGCACUGACCCACAAGAACAACGCUGUGCCCAAGAGCUCCAUCCGCCUCAUCCAUGUGCUGUCGGACAACGAGGUGCGUUCACAGUGUAGGGCUACAACAAACAUAAAUUCAUGAUAUUUAAUGGGCAAGAUAAACUGACUACCUUAAGCUAUAAUUGGCUAAUGUAGUGGUAUAACUAUAACCAAGCCAACUUAAACUACAUACAGAGUCUACAAUAGUCCUGAUUGAUUGUGAGGUCAACGAUCUUCCCAAGUACACUAAAUAUGUGUUAUAUUUAUUUCUGUCACGCGCGGAAAGGUAUUUAAGUUGAAUGCCAUUUUUCUGUAUGUGUGUGCAGCAAUGUGUGCGCUCCAUGGCCUCUCUGGAGACCAUCGGUCCUCUGAUGAGUGGGAUGAAGAUGAGGGCGGACAUGGCAGGACUGGCCUGCGAGGCGCUCAACCGAAUGUUCCAGAGAGAGCAGACUGACCUGGUGGCUCAGGUACCUCAUCUCUAUUAUGGUUACAUCCCAAAUGGCACCCUAUUCCCUAUGUAGUGCACUACUUUUUACCAGGGCUCUUGUCAAAAGUAGUGCACUAUAGGGAAUAGAUAGCAAUUUGGGAUGCAUCCCAUCUCUCUCUUUUUAGGUUUCAUUUUCUCACACCAUUUCUUACUGUUAAUUCCUUAGCAAAAGACAUGUUGUGUGCCGUCCUUUUUAUAUGUGUUGUUAUUCCAUGUCAUUUGAGUGUUUUAAUGUGUUUGUACGUGCACACACAGGCCCUAAGAGUGGAUUUGGUGCCGUACCUUCUGCGGCUACUGGAAGGGAUCGGGCUGGAGACCUUAGACAACCCCUCGGCCACCAAGGCUCAGAUCGUCAAGGCUCUCAAGUCCAUGACACGCAGUCUGCAGUAUGGAGAACAGGUAAGGCACCACUGGCUUUAUGUUAAUCAAUAUAUCAUCCAACAUAUCAUCCAACAUAUCAACAGGGCUCCAGACUAACAUUUUCCCCUGAUGGCACUGGUGCCACUAACUUUUACAGAAUGGCUCGUUCAUCACAGCAGCAGGCCCCAGCGAAACAGGGACAGGGCAGAGACUUUUAUUACAGGAAUCAUGAGGAUAAUGCAUAUCACUGUUUAAACAAAUCAUGGUUUUAGUAGCCUGAAAAAAUUGGAUGUUUUGGAGUGAGGUGAGCAUGUAGAAUGUGCAGCUUGCAUCAAUGCAACCAAUUAAAAAUGUAACUCGCACAGCCAACUCAAAAGGACGCAAAAUGUGACUAAAUUGUCGCAAUAUUAACUACCUGUAGUAUACUGAGGCAGAGCACAGCUGUUUGAUGUAUUUGAACUUGUAGUUGAAAUCAAUUUCAAUCAAUCAAUUUUAUUUUAUAUAGCCCUUCUUACAUCAGCUAAUUAGUCUCGAAGUGCUGUUACAAGAAACCCAGCCUAAAACCCCAAACAGCUAGUAAUGCAGGUGUAGAAGCACGGUGGAUAGGAAAAAAACUCCCUAGAAAGGCGAAACCUAGAAGAAACUAGAGAGGAACAGGCUAUGAGGGGUGCCAGUCCUCUUUGGCUGUGCGGGUGAAGAUAUAACAGAACCAGCCAAGUGUUCCACAAAAUGUUCAUAGUGACAAGCAUGGUCAAAUAAUAAUCAGGAAUAAAUCUCAGUUGGCUUUUCAUAGCCGAUCAUUAAGAGUUGAAAACAGCAGGUCUGGGACAGGUAGGGGUUCCAUAACCGCAGGCAGAACAGUUGAAACUGGAAUAGCAGCAAGGCCAGGCGGACUGGGGACAGCAAGGAGUCACCACGGCCGGUAGUCCCGACGUAUGGUCCUAGGGCUCAGGUCUCUCAGUUGGCUUUUCAUAGCCGAUCAUUAAGAGUUGAAAACAGCAGGUCUGGGACAGGUAGGGGUUUCGUAACCGCAGGCAGAACAGUUGAAACUGGAAUAGCAGCAAGGCCAGGCGGACUGGGGACAGCAAGGUGUCAUCAUGCCCGGUAGUCCUGACGUAUGGUCCUAGGGCUCAGGUUCUCAGAGAGAAAGAGAGAACGAGAGAAUUAGAGAGAGCAUACUUAAAUUCACACAGGACACUGGAUAAGACAGGAGAAGUACUCCAGGUAUAACCAACUAACCCCAGCCCCCCGACACAUAAACUACUGCAGCAUAAAUACUGGAGGCUGAGACAGGAGCGGUCCGGAGACACUGUGGCCCCAUCCGAAGAAACCCCCGGACAGGGCCAAACAGGAAGGAUAUAACCCCACCCACUCUGCCAAAGCACAGCCCCCGCACCACUAGAGGGAUAUCCUCAACCACCAACUUACAAUCCUGAGACAAGGCCGAGUAUAGCCCACAGAGGUCUCCACCACAGCACAAACCAAGGGGGGGCGCCAACCCAGACAGGAAGAUCACGUCAGUAACUCAACCCACUCAAGUGACGCACCCCUCCCAGGGACGGCAUGAAAGAGCACCAGCAAGCCAGUGACUCAGCCCCUGCAAUAUUCUCCCGAGUGGCGCAGUGGUCUAAGGCACUGCAUCGCAGUGCUAGCUGUGCCACUAGAGAUCCUGGUUCGAAUCCAGGCUCUGUCGUAGCCGGCCGCGACCGGGAGACCCAUGGGGCGGCGCACAAUUGGCCCAGCGUCGUCCAGGGUAGGGGAGGGAAUGGCCGGCAGGGGAUGUAGCUCAGUUGGUAGAGCAUGGCGUUUGCAAUGCCAGGGUUGUGGGUUCGAUUCCCACAGGGGGAAAAAAAUAUAUAAUGCAUGCACUAACUGUAAGUCGCUCUGGAUAAGAGCGUCUGCUAAAUGACAAAAAUGUAAAUGUAAAUGGUUAGAGGCAGAGAACCCCAGUGGAGAGGGGAACCGGCCCGGCAGAGACAGCAAGGGCUGUUCGUUGCUCCAGAGCCUUUCCGUUCACCUUCACACUCCUGGGCCAGACUACACUCAAUCAUAUGACCUACUGAAGAGAUAAGUCUUCAGUAAAGACUUAAAGGUUGAGACCGAGUCUGCGUCUCUCACAUGGGUAGGCAGACUGUUCCAUAAAAAUGGAGAUCUAUAGGAGAAAGCCCUGCCUCCCGCUGUUUGCUUAGAAAUUCUAGGGACAAUUAGGAGGCCUGCGUCUUGUGACCGUAGCGUACGUAUUGGUAUGUACGGCAGGACCAACUCGGAAAGAUAGGUAGGAGCAAGCCCAUGUAACGCUUUAUAGGUUAACAGUAAAACCUUGAAAUCAGCCCUUGCCUUAACAGGAAGCCAGUGUAGGGAAGCUAGCACUGGAGUAAUAUGAUCAAAUUUCUUGGUUCUAGUCAGGAUUCUAGCAGCCGUAUUUAGCACUAACUGAAGUUUAUUUAGUGCUUUAUCCGGGUAGCCGGAAAAUAGAGCAUUGCAGUAGUCUAACCUAGAAGUAACAAAUGCAUGGAUUAAUUUUUCUGCAUCAUUUUUGGACAGAACAUUUCUGAUUUUUGCAAUGUUACGUAGAUGGAAAAAAGCUGUCCUUGAAACAGUCUUGAUAUGUUCGUCAAAAGAGAGAUCAGGGUCAAGAGUAACGCCGAGGUCCUUCACAGUUUUAUUUGAGACGACUUUACAACCAUCAAGAUGAAUUGUCAGAUUUAACAGAAGAUCUCUUUGUUUCUUGGGACCUAGAACAAGCAUCUCUGUUUUGUCCGAGUUUAAAAGUAAAAAGUUUUCAGCCAUCCACUUCCUUAUGUCUGAAACACAGGCUUCUAGCGAGGGCAAUUUUGGGGCUUCACCAUGUUUCAUUGAAAUGUACAGCUGUGUGUCAUCCGCAUAGCAGUGAAAGUUAACAUUAUGUUUUCGAAUAACAUCCCCAAGAGGUAAAAUAUAUAGUGAAAACAAUAGUUGUCCUAAAACGGAACCUUGAGGAACACCGAAAUGUACAGUUGAUUUGUCGGAGGACAGACCAUUCACAGAGACAAACUGAUAUCUUUCCGACAGGUAAGAUCUAAACCAGGCCAGAACUUGUCCGUGUAGACCAAUUUGGGUUUCCAGUCUCUCCAAAAGAAUGUGGUGAUCGAUGGUGUCAAAGGCAGCACUAAGGUCUAGUAGCACGAGGACAGAUGCAGAGCCUCGGUCUGACGCCAUUAAAAGGUCAUUUACCACCUUCACAAGUGCAGUCUCAGUGCUAUGAUGGGGUCUAAAACCAGACUGAAGCAUUUCGUAUACAUUGUUUGUCUUCAGAAAGGCAGUGAGUUGCUGCGCAACAGCUUUUUCUAAAAUUUUUGAGAGGAAUGGAAGAUUCGAUAUAGGCCGAUAGUUUUUUAUAUUUUCCGGGUCAAGGUUUGGCUUUUUCAAGAGAGGCUUUAUCACUGCCACUUUUAGUGAGUUUGGUACACAUCCGGUGGAUAGAGAGCUGUUUAUUAUGUUCAACAUAGGAGGGCCAAGCACAGGAAGCAGCUCCUUCAGCAGUUUAGUAGGAAUAGGAUCCAGUAUGCAGCUUGAAGGUUUAGAGGCCAUGAUUAUUUUCAUCAUUGUGUCAAGAGAGAAAUGUAUGUAUUGUGUUUAUGUUGUGUGUAAUGUAUUGUGUACAGUGUUUAUUUUGUAUACAGCAGUACCGUGUGUCUAAGACACUUUUCCCCUCAGGACAUUAAAGUUGAUCUUAUCUUAACUGCUAUGGUACUGUACACGUGUAUCAGUCUGAGUGGUCCUGUGUUGCAGGUGAAUGAAAUCUUGGCUCGGUCCACUGUGUGGAGUGCCUUCAAAGACCAGAAACAUGACCUGUUCAUCUCUGAGUCCCAGACCGCAGGGUACCUCACAGGUAGGAAUCUGCACACACUCACGCGCUCACACACAUUAUGUUAUGCACUACAAAGAAGGUAAGUUUAGAGGGGGCAUUCUACGAGCUCAAUCUGAAUCCUUCGUUCUUCUAUGCUUCCCUUGGGCACUUUGUGGCUGCUGCCUCUUCACUUUGUGCUUAGUACCCUCCCUCCUUUUCCUCUCUUCCUCCUUUCCUUCCCUUUCUCCUCCUUCUCCUCUUCCUCCACAUUUCCUUCUCCAGGUGUGUCCACUCCCUCUCUCAUGGCAGCCAGCAGCCCCCUGCGGAGUGGGCUGUAGUUUCCUGUGCAGGGCCCUCCCAGCGCGCCUCCUCUCUCUUUGCUCUGACGCAGGUAGACUUUAUCCUUGCUGUCAUGCCACCCUCCACCUCCACUCUUUGACCUGUCACCCUCCAUCUUGUGCCACUUCAGUUUUUACAUUUCCACUUUUCCCCACUCAUCUCCAUCUCCAGACAUGGAUUGGAAAAACACUAUACGGAUGAAGUUCCUGUAGCACAAAUCAAUGGGUGAAUCCUCUGAACCAGUAAUGUGGCAGCCCUGCCCUUGAUAAGCCAACAGUGUCCCUAAUAAAGUAAACAGUGGCAAUAUGCUCACUGACACUCUCAGUAGCAAUAGUUCAUAUACUCAUAUACCUCCAUGCCAUCUCUAGUACCACCUCCCCAUACAACCAACCCUGUAGCAUAACCACACGAUGUAGCACUUGCAUCAGAUAGUGACUUUCACUUGCACCACAUCAUGCCUCCUCAGUCACCCAGUUUGAACAUUCGCAGUGGCCUUUAGUAUGUCUUGGCUUGUAAAAUUCUGGCAACUUUCCAAGAAUUCUCGGGUUUAAUAAAUCCUGUUAGGACUCCAGAUUUCCUGUUUAUUCCCUCCUGAUUCCAGAAGUCUUCCAACCUCAAUUUCUGAAACAACUGGGAAUUUUUGGAAAGUUACCAGAAUUUUGCCACCCUAAGUACAGUUGAAGUUGGAAGUUUACAUACACUUAGGUUGGAGUCAUUAAAACUUGUUUUUUAACCACUCCACACAUUUCUUGUUAACAAACUAUAGUUUUGGCAAGUCGGUUAGGACAUCUACUUUGUGCAUGACACAAGUAAUUUUCCCAACAAUUGUUUACAGACAGAUUAUUUCACUUAUAAUUCACUGUAUCACAAAGUUUACAUACACUAAGUUGACUGUGGCUUUGAACAGCUUGGAAAAUUCCAGAAAAUGAUGUCAUGGCUUUAGAAGCUUCUGAUAGGCUAAUUGACAUAAUUUGAGUCAAUUGGAGGUGUACCUGUGGAUGUAUUUCAAGGCCUAACUUCAAACUCAGUGCCUCUUUGCUUGACAUCAUGGGAAAAUCCAAAGAAAUCAGCAAAGACCUCAGAAUAAAAAUCGUAGACCUCCACAAGUCUGGUUCAUCCUUGGGAGCAAUUUCCAAACGCCUGAAGGUACCACGUUCAUCUGUACAAACAAUAGUACACAAGUAUAAACACCAUGGGACCACGCAGCCGUCAUACCGCUCAGGAAGGAGACGCGUUCUGUCUCCUAGAGAUGAAUGUACUUUGGUGCGAAAAGUGCACAUCAAUCGCAGAACAACAGCAAAGGACCUUGUGAAAAUGCUGGAGGAAACAGGUACAAAAGUAUCUAUAUCAACAGUCAAACGAGUCCUAUAUCGACAUAACCUGAAAGGCCGCUCAGCAAGGAAGAAGCCACUGCUCCAAAACCGGCAUAAAAAAGCCAGACUACGGUUUGCAACUGCACAUGGGAACAAAGAUCGUACGUUUUGGAGAAAUGUCCUCUGGUCUGAUGAAACAAAAAUAGAACUGUUUGGCCAUAAUGACCAUCGUUAUGUUUGGAGGAAAAAGGGGGGACCUUGCAAGCCGAAGAACACCAUCCCAACCGUGAAGCACGGGGGUGGCAGCAUCAUGCUUUGGGGGUGCUUUGCUGCAGGAGGGACUGGUGCACUUCACAAAAUAGAUGGCAUCAUGAGGAAGAAAAUGUAUGUGGAUAUAUUGAAGCAACAUCUCAAGACAUCAGUCAGGAAGUUAAAGCUUGGUCGCAAAUGGGCAAUGACCCCAAGCAUACUUCCAAAGUUGUGGCAAAAUGGCUUAAGGACAACAAAGUCAAGGUAUUAGUGGCCAUCACAAAGCCCUGACCUCAAUCCUAUAGAAAAUGUGUGGGCAGAACUGAAAAAGCAUUUGCUAGCAAGGAGGCCUACAAACCUGACUCCGUUAGGAGGAAUGGGCCAAAAUUCACCCAAUUUAUUGUGGGAAGCUUGUGGAAGGCUACCCGAAACAUUUGAACCAAGUUAAACAAUUUAAAGACAAUGCUACCAAAUACUAAUUGAGUGUAUGUAAACUUCUGACCCACUGGGAAUGUGAUGAAAGAAAUAAAAGCUGAAAUAAAUUAUUCUCUCUACAAUUAUUCUGACAUUUCACAUUCUUAAAAUAAAGCGGUUAUCCUAACUGACCUAAGACAGGGAAUUUUAACUAGGAUUAAAUGUCAGGAAUUGUGAAACUGAGUUUAAAUGUUUUUGGCUAAGGUGAAUGUAAACUUCCGACUUCAACUGUAUGUCUCUCUUAUCUAAUCCUCUGUCUUUGUCUCUCUCUCUCUCCUUCACUCUCUCCCCCUCGCUCUUUCCCCCCCCCCCCCCCCCCCCCUCUCUCUCUCUCUCUCUCUCUCUGUGGUUCCUGCAGGUCCAGGUGUAGCAGGCUACCUUACAGCAGGAACCGGCUCCACAGUGCUGCCCAGCGUUCCGCCCCCUGUGGACAAUGACAUUGGAGACUCGGGUUGAUUGACUGAGUGACAGACAGACUGAGAGAGAAGUGCUCAGGCAUCCAGACUACCCUGCGGCUCACAGGCUGCUGCUCAGAGAGACUGUUCAGCUCCCCGAAGGAGAAAGAGAGGGAGGAAGGAGAGGGGGCCAUCAUUUUACAUUUACGUCAUUUAG